ACUUGUGCGCUGUCUCUUUCUCUCUCGCCAGCUCCCUUCCCUUGUGGCUGAAAGGCAGAAGGAGAGGAAUCAGUCACUUAAAUGUGCCUCUGUCUGAGGCUUAGUUUGGAGGACUUUAUUCCUGCUCAGCAGCAGCAAGCAAAACACUCCUGGAUAUGGCUAUCUCAGGAAGCUUCUGGCUUGUUGUUUUCACCGUUUUCAUCACUGAACUACAACAGGUAAGGCUGCAAGGUGGGGUAGCAGGAGGGAUGCAAGGCUAUAACAUGGGUCCUUCAGUCUCUGGAGCCCCAAGGUAUGUUUGAAUUUAAUUUGUUCUGCUGUUCUGUUUGAAAGCUCCUGCAAUAGCUCCCCCACUCUAUAAAAAAAAAUCAAUGCAAUUUCACAAACAUAAAACCCUAUUCAACUAAAAAAUAUUGAAGGGGACACAGAAGGGGCAAAGUCCAUUUUUGGAAGGGGCAGGGUGAGCUUUGCUGCAUACGUUGUUGGAUUUCUGGAAGAGAAAGCAGAACACUCGUUACUGCAAAACAGUGCUGCCGUCUGGAAUACGUUCAAAUCCGAUUGAUUUUUGACAUUGUUAACAUUUGAGUAAGCAGACUGAGUUUUCCAGUUGCCACAGGUAGCCACAGUGAUUGCGGUGUGGGGGUUCUACUUGUCUAUGCAGCAGGAGAAUCUUGCUCUUCUGGAACCAUCAGGAAAAAAUAACAAAUACACAAUUUACAGUGCAUUUACAGGAAAGCAGCAAAAUUGAAAGUGGAGUGUACACAAAAUAAACCCUGAUUUAAUUUUAAAAAGAGGAAAGCUUCAGCUCAUCGACAGAAGCUCCCAAAAGUAUGAUUCCUUCAAAGGGGAGGGGGUUUCUAAGAAGAAGGUGCCCCUACAGAUAUGACCCAGGAUCCUGCCUCCGCAGUUUGCAUCCUCAUGAACUGGGAGACCCUAAGUGGGCCUCCUCAGGUGAUCGUAAGUUAUGUAAGAAAACAUGGCAGGAGACUCCAUCUGCAUACACACCAUACAUUUAAACACAUUUCCGCCCUCAAAAGAAUCCUUGGAACUGUACUUUACCCCUUAUAGAACUAUAAUUCCCAGCGCCCUUAGCAAGCUAUAGUUCUCAGUAUUCUUUCAGGGAGGGGGGUGCUGCUUUAAAUGUGUGGCUUGGAUGCAGCCCUCUUCUAAGAUACAGCAGCAAAGCACAGCUUGCAGUUCUUGUUUUUAAUACUUUCCAUUUCUUACAGCUCCUUAUCUAAAAUAAAUAUCAUCCUAGUGCAGUUUCCCCAUUCCAAUGAGUUCCAAAGGUAAGAGAGGCAAACAAGUCACCUCAGCCCUGUCGAGAUAGGCAAGCCCAGCAAGGAAAGCUAUCGAGGGAUGUAAUUUGCAUAUGCUGAAAAAACAAACCCCAGCAGCAGAAUUCAAGCAAAGGGUGGCUAUCUGAUUUCUCAUAUUUUGUGUUUUCCAAUCAUUUUGGAACCGACCCAUUGAGUUUUACCCAAUGGUGGUUUUCCAUCGAAGUCUGCCUUCGCUCGUGUUCUUCCAAACUGGAAACGUCUCCAGUGAUGUGGCUUUCACCACUUCCCUUGAGAAACUAUCCUGUAAGCUAUACUCCGUGCUUAAACAUUAAAAUGCUUUUUAUAAACAGGGUUGGUGUUGUUAAAAAAAAAAAAUCUCCCUAAUGUUUGACUUCUUCAAAUUAUAUACUUUCUUGGGUAUCUUUCUUGGUUGGUUGGUUGGUUGGUUUGUGUGUGUGUGUGUUUUUUUCCAUUUUCAAUAUUUAGCCAGUGAAUAUUGAGCAGCCCUGGGUGCAAAAUGCACACAAAAUCCAAAACAGAAACAAAAAAAUCAGAAGGAAACCAAAGGAUUAAUUCAGCUCUCCUAUUAAGUACAGCUCCAUUUGUUGCCAGGCGGUACUGCCUAGCUCUUAAGGGAAACUAGUUCAUACCAAUAUAUAGCUAGUCUUGCAUAGUGGCUUUGAGUCAGGAACUAUUAGCCAGCAGCGCUUCCUAUUCACUAAGAGGCUGUUAUAGAGGUGGCAAUACGAGGAGGCUGCUGAAGGGACAGCAGAUCUAGCCUCCAAGGAGCUGUUGUUGCCAUUGCAGCUGCAGCAAUACAGAACAAAUAAAUGCACAGGGCUUUUUUUCAGCCGGAACUCGCUGGAAUUCAGUUCCGGCACCUCUCAGGUGGGCACCAUUGCCAUUCUAAGAGAACGAGGAAGGCGUUCAUGGUGAAUUCUGCCACCUCUUUUUUUUAAAAAAGGAAAAUAGCACUGCCAGGCCUCAUGUCUACUUUAUUCGUUUGUUUACAUUGAGGAAGGGCCUUUGCAUGCAGAAGGUGCCGGGUUCAACCCCUGACAUCUCCAGGUGGGAGAAAUUUCUGCCUGAAACCAGGGCUGGCACAAGCCAUUUUGGCACCUGAGGUAAACCACAAAAUGGCUGCUCUCCACCAGGGAAGAAGGGCUGAGUGAGGUUCUGUAUCAGGCACAAGGGGAUGGGGGUGGAAUAAAGACCUACAUCGGGAGCAAGGAUGUGAGGUGACCAGCAGCACCUCCUAUUAGCCAGCAGCGCUUCCUAUUCACCAAGAGGCUGUUAUAGAGGUGGCAAUACGAGGGGGCUGCUGAAGGGACAGCAGAUCUAGCCUCCAAGGAGCUGUUGUUGCCAUUGCAGCUGCAGCAAUACAGAACAACAAACCCCUGUAUUGCAAACUUAGCACAACAAACAAUACAGGCAACAUGAAGACCAGUUUACUAGAUAGCGCUGCAAUUCUUAUUGCAUAAUAUACAUGAUUUAGUACAACAAAAACAAAAUGUGUACACUUGUGAAUUCUCUAAUAUAUUUGAAAGCGAAUGAACACACGUCUGUCAAUCUUUGAAAGUCCGUAGAAGUAUAAUAAGUCUAUGGUUGAAACAAAGUAAUAGAUGCUAUCCUGUGGGCUAAGCGGUAAAACUUUUUUUAGGCAUUUCAUGGUGCCAAAGUAGUAAGUGAAGAACAACGUAGGACAGUGAUCCCAGAUAAUUUGAUUGUUUCGCUGGAAUCUUCUUCAGCACAACUACAAAAGAAUUCAAAUAUAAAACAAUGACCUGUGUACAUCUGCUUGCCUCAUAGGUGGGCCGGCACUUCUUGGUGUCACCAGGCUCAGUAAUGGAGACUGAGGCAGAUAAGAGCGCUUAGCCAACUCUCUCCAAACUGGUUCAGAAGUGUGAAAACACUAAACUAUGCAAUAUUGACAUUAAGAUUUUGCACAAUAUUUUGGUUUUGUUUCACUGUUAUGUGCAAUUUCGAUAAACCGAGCUAAAGAUUGAUUGUAGUUUAGGGUUCGGAAAGCACGCUAAACUAUAAUCUAAAACAAAAGUGUAACCUUCCUGUUUUCAUCAGGAUAGUGGGAAAGCAAGUGAGCCUGAGAUUCAUUUCUAGGGCUGCUAUUCUAUUCUAGAAUCGGACAGCAGAAGGCAUCCAGGCGGAUUUUCACCAGAUCGGCAAAAAAAUGAUGAUGAUGAUGAUAAUAAUAAUAAUAAUAAUAAUAAUAAUAAUAAUAAUAAAUUUUAUUUAUAUCCCGCCCUCCCCAGCCGAAGCCGGGCUCAGGGUGGCUAACAACAAUCAAAUAAUCAAACAAUCAAAUAAUCCAAAAUUCUAAAAACAUUUAAUUAUAAAAAUUAAUUAAAAUCAAAUUAAUGGCAACCGUUAAGCAAAUUCUGUGCAGGUUGCCAGAGGAGGGAGUCAGGCUGCGCCCUGACCAAAGGCCUGGUGGAACAACUCUGUCUUGCAGGCCCUGCGGAAAGAUGUCAGGUCCCGCAGGGCCCUAGUCUCUUGUGACAGAGCGUUCCACCAGAUUGGAGCCGCAGCCGAGAAAGCCCUGGCUCUAGUUGAGGCCAGCCUAACCUCUCUGAGGCCUGGAACCUUCAGGAUGUUUUUAUUUGCAGACCGUAGGUUCCUCUGUGGGGCAUACCAGGAGAGGCGGUCCCGGAAAACCCAGACAUAUGGCAAGGGGGGUGAAUUGGUUUUGGGGGGAGAUGUUCCCCAAAAAAGCUCAACAACUUUGUCUGGAUUUUUCAUUUUUGGUAAUAUGGCAACCCUAUUUUUACUGGCCUUCAUAAUGCAGCUAUAUCAUGGUUGAGCAUUGUGUCUGAACACAGCCAUUUAGUGUGGCUGUUUCCUUGUUUACAAUCCAAUAAUAUAUAUUUAUUGGAAGCCAGCUGGAGUACAUAAAACAAGUGAAUACAAAAAAAAAAAGGUAAUAAAGGUAACAUAAUAUCUAAUAUAGUAUAACAGUUUAAUGCAGACUGUUCUGUUAUAAAUUACACAUGGGUUGAAUGCUGCCUGGACCUAGUGCGAGUUCUUAGCAGCCUGUUUGUUGCAUGAAACUGAUACCUUGUCCACACUUCUGCUUGUACCGUGCUUAGAAACUACAGGUCUGAGCAGUUUUCUGCUUGACCCAUACUUUCUAGGCAUGGGUCUGAGCAGUUUCCCUCUUGCGCUGCUCCUUUCCCAGGGAAAACCCAUUCUUUACUGCUAAAUCGGAGCAAACAUCAUUGCAGAGAAAACCCAUACUGCCAUUUGCUCUGAUUGAACACUAAAGAGCAGUUUUUCCCUAGGGGAAAGCAGCAUGACAAAAGGAAGUGUGGUUGAGCCUUAAUGUGAGAUUAAGGGUUAAAGGCCAUUCUGAAACACCAUGAAAAUUAAGAGAUUUAUAUUGUCUUGCUGCAAGACGAAGAACUUCUAGGGGCUGUGGUCCUUUGGGCCCCCCAAUACAAUAUUUGAGGGGGGGCACGUUGAUGGGCAUUGUCAUUCAAAUAGUGUGCGUGCACUGCGUCUUGUGAGACAGAGCUUACCUCCCCCCCCUCCAUUUUUUUAAUUCAAGCUGGUACUCCUGGACCAGGACAUCAUUGAGGCAGGCCAUAUCCUUUCUCCUUUAGGCUUGUGAAGAUAAGGCUGUAUGUUCCUGAAGGUUCUCCACCCCACAAAAUGCAGAAGCCAAAUGGAGGAGGGAAUCCAUGUUGAAUGGUUUCUGGGCCUUGGGGACUACUCCUUGCUUCUCAGGACUAGAGGCCGUGGUUGUGUUGGAGUGGCAGGGGGCAGUUGUGCUAAAGCUGGCCUGGCUUUGCCUGUGAAAAUAAAUGUGGGAGGGGAAAGCAAAUAAGGAGAUCUUAAAUGCACAGUACAACUUUUCAUCGUCCAGCGGAAUGUUCUCUUGUACCUCUGGAAGGCUCCUGCCUUCCUUUUUCCUGGGGCUUGCCCAAGUCAGUGGCCUCAACGUUGGUUGGCAGAAGAGGGGAUGGGUUGAAGAGCUCUUCAGAACCACCUCUUCAAAAGAAUCAUGGAGUUUGUGGUAGAAGAUGGAGCAAGGAGCAGAUCUGCUUUUAUUCUUCCAUUGGGAAGUGGUUGUGGUAUGCAACCAUCUUUCUCCCCUUCCUGCCAAACAGGCCUGUAGCUGGUUCAGAAUAAAUGUGUGAUAGGCAUACGCGAAAGCUGCACUGUAGAAUUUAUUUUGCAUAUUGAAUUGGCUCGUGCUGCAUACAGAACCGGGGUUUCCAGGUGAGCUAGUUUAAUUUAAUUUUUUAUUUUUUGGUACGGUAUGUAUGAAAGGCCAAAAAUCCAUCCCGUCCCCAAAUUAGGAUUAGUCAUUUAAAGUUGCAUAUAAUUCUAUCAGCUCUAUAAAUCACUGCUUCCUCUCUGAAUCUUGCGAAAUCCUUAGCCUCAACCACAUCCUGGCAACAAGUUCCUCAUUCUAAUUUUGCGAAGAAUAUGAAGAAUAUUAUCUUCCAUCCCGUGCCCUAAAAUGGUUCGUGUGGGGGUGGCGGGGAAUCUGUACGCAAGUCCUAUUGGUUUUAAACAAAGUCACUUUUUUUUACAAAAGAAUCUACGGUUAAAUCUACUUCAUAAUGCAAUGGGAGAGAAGGAAAUCUGUUGAAAUAACAAGUGCCAUCUAGAACCAUUGAUGGUAGUGGUUCCUCAAAUAUGGACUGGAUGCAUAUUCCUGUUAUCUGUGGGCACAGUUUUAAUUCCAUGAUGAACUGGCAACAAGCUUAUGCUAUGUUGUUGUUGUUUAGUCGUGUCCGACUCUUCGUGACCCCAUGGACCAGAGCACGCCAGGCACUCCUGUCUUCCACUGCUUCCCGCAGUUUGGUCAAACUCAUGCUGGUAGCUUUGAGAACACUGUCCAACCAUCUCGCCCUCUUCUCCUUGUGCCCUCCAUCUUUCCCAACAUCAGGGUCUUUUCCAGGGAGUCUUCUCUUCUCAUGAGGUGGCCAAAGUAUUGGAGCCCCUCAGCUUCAGGAUCUGUCCUUCCAGUGAGCACUCAGGGCUGAUCUCCUUCAGAAUGGAUAGGUUUGAUCUUCUUGCAGUCCAUGGGACUCUCAAGAGUCUCCUCCAGCACCAUAAUUCAAAAGCAUAAAUUUUUCGGCGAUCAGCCUUCUUUAUGGUCCAGCUUUCACUUUCAUACAUCACUACCGGGAAAACCAUAGCUUUAACCAUACGGACCUUUGUUGGCAAGGUGAUGUCUCUGCUUUUUAAGAUGCUGUCUAGGUUUGUCAUUGCUUUUCUCCCAAGAAGCAGGCGUCUUUUAAUUUCGUGGCUGCUGUCACCAUCUGCAGUGAUCAUGGAACCCAAGAGAGUAAAAUCUCUCACUGCCUCCAUUUCUUCCCCUUCCAUUUGCCAGGAGGUGAUGGGCCCAGUGGCCAUGAUCUUCGUUUUUUUGAUGUUGAGCUUCAGACCAUAUUUUGCGCUCUCCUCUUUCACCCUCAUUAAAAGGUUCUUUAAUUCCUCCUCACUUUCUGCCAUCAAGGUUGUGUCAUCUGCAUAUCUGAGGUUGUUAUCCUCCGCUGUUGGAAGAAGCUACAGAUACUACGAAAAUCUUCAUCAUAACAGGCACAAUGCAAGCAAAGCUGAGCAACCCCAUGCAUUUUUUUACUUGUAAGUAAGCCCCACUGUCUUUAGUGGAGCUUCCUCGAGUGUGUAGUAUGCCUUAAGUCCCAGUAACUUCUGUGGUAAUAAAUGCAUCUUACUGAACUUCCAAGAGGGAUAUGCUUAACUCUUGCUAAAUCAAUGGAAAUUGGAAGGACUCCAUUAUGACCAGCCAUUUUAUUUCCACUUAAGGCAGAAGUUUUAAGUUGGCUUUCUCAUGUGUUCUUUUCCAUUGGCUUUGGAUUCAGUAGCAUCAUCAGGGUAGGUCUUUGGGGGCGCGUGUCCAGGGCCACACUCAGAGGAAUGAGCAGAUGGAUCCCCCAAAUGCAGCAGGCUUAACUGCAUAAUGUGCCUUUAUGUGAAAAAAUUUCCCAUAAAACCACUACAUCCAGAGUCUAAAAUUAGUUAACUGUGCCACUCUUUGCAUGAAUACAUGGCACUCCCUUAUACUGAGUCAGACUCCUGAUCUUCUUUGUCUGGUUCAGUUUCUGCAAAUUUACAAGUGAUCCUCAAAGGCUUCAGGUAGCUGCAUUCCUAGCCCUCCUACCAAUAUCCUUUUUAACUGGAGAUGUUGCAGACUUUGUACAUGUACUGUCUCUACCACUGAGCUAUGGCCCUUUCUCUAGAUGUAAAACAACUGCCUCUAUGGGCAGUGAUUGGCCAGUAGCAUGACGCCAUCUUAACUACUUCAAAUCUCCAGUCCAACAGGAAGGACUCUGUGGAUUUAUAUUUCUUGUUCGUAUGUUUGCUGAUAUCAGGCAAAUUCUCCAACCAGUAGUUUGGCCACCUCUUCCUUUUUAAAAGUCAGCCAAGUAUUAUUGUGAAGCACAGCAGUCAGAGAAGAAAUAGAAUGUCUUUUCUCACACCACUCUCUCCUUUUCCAGGAACUAUUCACAGGAUCUGAGCAUCUUUUAUUUUUAUCCCAUUUUGUAUUUCAGUCUUCAGCGUACAGAAAGCUCUUCAGUGUUAAGAUUUGUGUUUUUUUUCAGACAGAAAUAUUGUUUUCCCUUCAUUUUGCUUCAGCUCUUUGCAUUUCCUGACCGUAUAUUUGCUUUAUGGGAUGGAAACUUUGUGAUGUGGUUUUUACAAGUCUCAUUGGAAAGUCGACAUCACGAAAACCAUUUCCUUCACGGUUUAGGAGUUGUUUUCAAUUAAAGACCUGGAAGUGAACUUCUGGAGCUACAGAGGCUCUGCUGUGCCCUGUUUGAGAACACUUAAGAUCAGGGGGCAGCAAACUUUUCCAGCAGGGGGCCGGUCCACUGUCCCUCAGACCUUGUGGGGGACCAGACUAUAUUUUGGGGGGGAAAUAUGAACGAAUUCCUAUGCCCCACAAAUAAUCCAGAGAUGCAUUUUAAAUAAAAGGACACAUUCUACUCAUGUAAAAACAUGCUGAUUCCCGGACCGUCCGUGGGCCAGAUUUAGAAGGCAAUUGGGCCGGAUCCUGCCCACGGGCCUUAGUUUGCCUACCCAUGCUCAAGAUACUGUUUAUAACAAACUGGCUCCUAAUCUUUUUAAGUGGUCUUUCUCUGACUUUGCAUAGAUGACAGCCCUAUUUGUAGUCUUAGGAUACUUCCAGAUCAGGAUUGAUUAUGGAAUCUGAACACCUUAUGCAUGUUAAGUUUUUUCUUUUCUUUUUUGGUAGUGUCCACACAAUACUGUUGUCAUCAAAAUGCCAGCUCAUACUUUUUAAAAAAAAAUCCCCUUGCAGUGUAGGUGGGUUCCCACGAAGCAAGACACAGUGAUAACAACAAGAACCUUUAUCGAACUAACAAAACUGGACAACAGGGGCAAAGCAACUGCUUAUACACAUUUCUGAAGACCUGGGCCACUCUCAGUCUCAACGUGAUUGGCUGUCUAAACUCCCAAGCUGCGAAUCAUAGCUCAGAGUUUAAGGGCCAAUGGCAGUGGCCCAAAUCCUGAAAUACUAUGUGAUUGGAUAUCAUGUAUCGAAUCAGAACACAGGGGCUCAUAAUCCAGACUCAAGCUCAGGCAAACACAGACCCCUGAACACAUAACACCUGAACAUGGGGAUUUAAUCUAAUAGGAUAGAUAUAUGGUGACAUUUCAUCUAAUGUUACACCCCUACUUCCACUCACUCCUUAUCUUAGCACAAUCUAGCCAUUUGGUUUCUGGUGGUCCAAAUUAUAUGAGCGUGUCUGUUUCCACAGAUUGUUGCAUGCUGAAGCCAUGUUCAAAUCCAACAAUCUGGUUUGGAAGAGUUGGUCAUUCAAGGUCUAUCCCACCUUGGAGACUGUAAUUGUGGCGCAUAAAUCAGACUUAAAAGAGAGGGGGGUAUUGUGCAAGGCUUCUAUCACUUGUGCAAGCAUUAAUCAGGUAAAUAGCAUUCUUGUGCAAGAUCUCAGUACUGUAUUAAAAAUCCAAACAAACAAACAAAUGGAGAUGGCUCUCCCCUCACCCAAAAACACAACCUCCAUUGGUUGAUUAUGAGAACCAAGGCUGGUAACAUUUGCUGUUGUACCCUUCCUGGUGUCACGGUCUGGUCUAUGGGUGAUUGAAGUCCCGGCUGAGGACAUCAGGAUCGGGGGCAAGAUGGCGGGGGGGGGGAGCAGGAACGAGAGUCCAGAAGCCAGGGAUCUGAGGGUCAGGAAGCAAAGAGUCAUGAAAUCAAGGGUUCGAGGAUCAAGAAGCAAGGAGUCACAAAGUCAGGGGUCCGAGGAUCAAGAAGCAAGGAGUCACAAAGUCAGGGGUCCGAGGAUCAAGAAGCAAGGAGUCACAAAGUCAGGGGUCCGAGGAUCAAGAAGCAAGGAGUCACAAAGUCAGGGGUCCGAGGAUCAAGAAGCAAGGAGCCACAAAGUCAGGGGUCCGAGGAUCAAGAAGCAAGGAACCAAACACAACAGGGCAGGGAACGUGUUGCUGUGGCAAAGAGCAGAAGGGAAAUGCUGACCUUAUAUCCCUUCCUGGCUCUUGCCACCCGGUACAGUGAGUUACCAAGCAGCCUCACCUGUGCGGCCGCACCUUGCCUCUCCAGAACAAACUUAGGAAGGCCCCAGUCCUGCGAAGCCCUACUGGUCACAGGGCCUGGCUCCUGCACACACUCCUGACAUCUGGCAGGGGUGGGGGACAUUUUUAAAAGGUAUAUGGGCACAGGCACGAAUACACUUGCAUAGUAAUCUUUCAGAAGAAGACAAAUGACCAGUAACACUACCCUUUCUUGUGCUCUGAACUAAUUAUUUGGCUGAGUAUCUUGAAUGACAACUGAUCUCUACGCACCCCGUAUGACUUCGUCAAAGUGCCCUUGCAAUAACCAGUUUUCAAUAUAAUUUAAAAUAAAAUAAAAUAGUGAGGGUCGCUGUAAGGACUUUGCAUCUAGAGUGCUAAACUGAAAACUUUGGUUCUCAUUUGUCCUGUUGAAUGAUUAAUUGCAAAAAAAGGGGGGAAAGUUCCAGGUUUUUGAGCUAAGUUACACCUGUUGAGCGCAGGCCAUGACCCCUAAUCCCAGAUGGUUUUGGUUAGCUUCACACAGUGGGUGCACUUUAAAUAAACGUUAGCUUUCAAAACAAUGAGAUUAUCGCUAUAGAAUAAUCUCGUGUUAUUGGCCAGAAUUUGUGUGUCAUAAGGCCCAUGGAAACCCCCUAGGUUGCUCUUCCAGGUUUCAUUGUCUCUAAAAAGAAGAAAGGGCCCCUUGCAAUUAUAUCCUCUGCCAGGGAUGUGUCUUUCUCUCCGAACAGUCAUUUGAGCGAAAAGCAAUUUUAGCAAGCCAUGACACACAAUUUCUUCUGUAAUCAGAUUGCUCAAUAACAUUAUAAAUAAGCCGCUCUAAGGGUAGCUAAAUGACUUUUGCCGAUUCUGUCCAUUUCUUCUAUUUCUAUUUGUUUGGAGUGGAUAUGUGUUUCUCUACUACAUAUGGAGAGUGUGUAGAGAGUGUGCAUAAAGAGGAGAGGACAGGGAUGUAAUAUGACCAAUGUUGUUCUUUGUCUUGCUGUGACUGAGACUUGCAAGGAUUCUUAGCUCAACCUGUUGCAAACACAUAGGCAGUGUGUGAAUGCACAUGAGCGAUCUCAUUGAAGACGAUGGCAGUAUUCUUUGCAAUUGUGCAAAGGGCAAAGAUAUGCACAAACUGCUUGGGAUAAUGUUGCACAUUCAUGUGCCUUUUGGGUCUCCUGCAUGCUUUAUUCAUGUGCACGUGUGACUGUGACUCAUAUGGAACUAGGUAUGGGGGGGAAUUCAAUUCAGUUCACAUUUAAAGGUGAACCUACCCACACACAUUGUUAAACAGCGCAGUGGUACCUCGGGUUAAGAACUUAAUUUGUUCUGGAGGUCUGUUCUUAACCUGAAACUGUUCUUAACCUGAAGCACCACUUUAGCUAAUGGGGCCUCCUGCUGCCGCCGCACCGCCGGAGCACGAUUUCUGUUCUCAUCCUGAAGCAAAGUUCUUAACCCGAGGUAAUAUUUCUGGGUUAGAAGAGUCUGUAACCUGAAGAAUAUGUAACCUGAGGUACCACUGUACAGGAAUUGAAACAAAGCUAUCCUUUGAAAUUUGCACUUCUUCAAAUUUCUUAAUGCAGCUCUCAAGCCAAGUAAUGUAUAAAAGUGUGUGCACUGGGAUAAAAUGGGCAAAAAUAACUGCAUAGAUGAGUGAAAAUAGCAUAUGUUCAGGGAAUUUCCUCUGCAAAAAUGUGCAUAUUCAGCAAAAAUGUACUUAUUAGGAGAAAUUUGCACUGAAAUGCUGGUGAAUGUUCAUGAAGUCGUACAAAAUAUAUAUUAUUAUUUAUUAAACAUGUUAGUCGCUUCACCUUGCCCAAGGAAACUCAAAGCAACUUACAACAAAAACAAAACCCCACAUUAAAACCACAGUGAGGGGAUAUAUUAAAAACAUCCCACCUACUUCCAAAAGGUUACAGAUAGUUAAAGGCAAAAGGCCUGGUUUAAAGGGGAAAGUUUUUGCCUGCCACCUAAAGAUAUGUAAUGAAGGUGCCAAGUGAGCCUCCCUUGGGAAAGUACUCCACAAACGGAGCAACCACAGAAAAGACCCGUUCUCAUGUUGCCACCCUCCGGAUUUCUCGUGGAGGAGGCACACAAAGAAGGGCCUCAGAUUAUGAUCUCAGGGUCUGGGUAGGUUCAUAUGGAGUGAGACAGUCCUUGAGGUAUUGUGGUCAAAACCAGCACUUUGGACUGGGCCCAGAAACAAAUUGGUAGCCAGUGCAGUCAGGCCAGAUUGUUGCGAUAUGCUUAAGCUGUCUUGCCCCAGUGAGCAACCUGGCCAUUGAAUUUUGCGCCAGCUGAAGUUUCUGAACUGUCUUCAAAGGCAGCCCCAUGAAUAGUGUGUUGCAGUAACCUAAGCUAGAGGUUACCAAAGCAUAGACAACCAAAGUGAGACUAUCCCUGUAGAGAUAGGAGCACAGCUGGGCCACCAGCCAAAGCUGAGGGAAGGCACUCCGAGCCACAAAGACCACCUCAGCCUCAAACAUUAGUAAUGGAUCCAGAAGUAUCCUCAAGCUAUAGACCUGCUUCUUCAGACCAAGAGCAGGCAACCUCCCAUCCAUCUGGUCUAGGGAACCACCCAUUGACAGGGCCUCAAUCUUAUCUGGAUUUAGCUUCAGUUGGUUGGCUCUCAUCCAGUCUGUUACCAAGGCAAGACAUCUGGCCAGCACAUCCACCGCCUCACCGGCAGAUGAAAAGGAGAAGUAGAGCCAGGUGUCAUCAGCAUAUUAACAGCAACGUACUCCAGAUGACGCCACUCAGUGUUUUCCUGUAGAUGUAGAACAGCAUGGGGGAUAGAAUCAGACCCUGAGGAAGCUCUCAUUGAAGGAUACGUGGGGCUAAACAACGCUCCCCAACCAUCACCCUCCCCGAUGUGGAAAUGUGAAGUACUACAUUUAAGAUGUGGGGGUUAGAAACUGAGGCAAGCAAAAAUUGACUAAGAUGAACUGAGUCAUGUUCUUUCAUUUCUGCAGGUCUGCCCUGAGUAAAAUCUAAUUGAAUACCACCAGUGCUAUUUUUUCUAGAAAAAGAGGUGCCAGAACUCACCAUGAACACCUUCCUUGUUCUGCCAGCAUGGUGUAGUGGUUAAGAGCGGUAGUCUUGUAAUCUGGUGAACUGGGUUCGCUUCCCCGCUCCUCCACAUGCAGCUGCUGGGUGACCUUGGGCUAGUCACACUUCUCUGAAGUCUCUCAGACUCACUCACCUCACAGAGUGUUUGUUGUGGGGGAGGAAGGGAAAGGAGAUUGUUAGCCGCUUUGAGACUCCUUAAGGGGAGUGAAAGGUGGGAUAUCAAGUCCAAACUCUUCUUCUUCUUCUCUUAUACAGUGGUACUUCGGGUUAAGAACUUAAUUCGUUCUGGAGGUCCGUUCUUAACCUGAAACUGUUCUUAACCUGAGGUACCGCUUUAGCUAAUGGGGCCUUCCGCUGCCGCCACAUGAUUUCUGUUCUCAUCCUGAAGCAAAGUUCUUAACCCGAGGUACUAUUUCUGGGUUAGCGGAGUCUGUAACCUGAAGUGUCUGUAACCUGAAGCAUCUGUAACCCGAGAUACCACUGUAAUGACAAUGGCGCCCAUCUCAGAGGUGCCAUUGGAACUGAGUUCCAGCUGAAAAAAGCCCUGAAUACCACCCAUAGAAGAUUGUGCUGUAAAUUGCACUGAACUCAGCGAGGCUUACUCAGGAGGCACCUCAGAAUUGCACUGUAAAGCACUGAGUCUAGAUGGGAACCAUGCCAAUAUAAGAAAGUGCUGAAUGUUUACUUUUCUUUUCUGUGCAUAACUGUACAAAGAAGGAAUUGGCUUUUUAUUUCUUUACUGUUGGCUCCUUAUCAGUGAGGUGAAUGAUAGGACUAAACAAAGCACUCCCAUUGUCCUCAACCUCUGUGCUUCAAAGUGCAGGGGUGGCUGAAACAGGGCCACAAACAACCUUCUGUUAUAAAGGUUAGAGUAUUGUGAGUUACUAUUACUUUCUCUUUUUUUUUCAAAAAAGAGGAAGUACCUUCGGAUACAAUGCAGAGGUUUCCUGCUAUUCUCUACAAGUUUGGCUCUGUGUGCUUUUGUAGAUUUGCAUGCUGUUCCUUAAAGCUGGGGACUUUGCCCCUGUCAAACUCCAUCUAAGUCACCGUUAAAGUGCCUCACAUAAAGAGGAACCUGCAGGCGGAGGCUGAAAAGGAAGAAACUAACUCUUUUUAUGAUCAUGUUGUGUAUGCACUUUCUGACGAGUCUUUGGGUCCAUAUAAUUUAUGAAGUGGUUACUUGAUAAGUGGCUCAUCUGUAUUGCCAUAACACAAUUUGUAAAGGUAAAGGGACCCCUGGCCAUUAGAUCCAGUCGUGACCGACUCUGGGGUUGCGGCACUUAUCUCGCUUUAUUGGCCGAGGGAGCCGGUGUACAGCUUCCAGGUCAUGUGGCCAGCAUGACUAAGCCACUUCUGGCGAACCAGAGCAGCACACGGAAAUACCGUUUACCUUCCCGCCUGAGCGGUACCUAUUUACUUGCACUUUGACGUGCUUUCAAACUGCUAGGUUGGCAGGAGCAGGGACCGAGCAACGGGAGCUCACCCCAUUGCAGGGAUUCGAACCGCCGACCUUCUGAUCGGCAAGUCCUAGGCUCUGUGGUUUAACCCACAGCGCCACUAAAUCCAGGGAUGCAAAUGUGGAACGAUUCUCCUCUCAUUACAUGUCCGGGAUCAGGGCCGGAUUUAGGUUUGAGGAGGCCCUAAGCUACUGAAGGUAAUGGGGCCCUUUAUAUGUCCAGCUGUCCUCUGUCGACAACAAAUUGUCACUAUUUUCUGUGUUGAAUAUAUGCUAUAUGGUAAUUUAUGGACCUAAUAAGUAACUAAAGUCGUAAUGCAGGGAUCAGCAAACUUUUUCAGCAGGGGGCCGGUCCACUGUCCCUCAGACCUUGUGGGGGGCCGGACUAUAUUUUGAAGGGAAAAAAUGAACGAAUUCCUAUGCCCCACAAAUAACCAAGAGAUGCAUUUUAAAUAAAAGCACACAUUCUACUUAUGUAAAAACACGCUGAUUCUUGGACCGUCCACAGGCCAGAUUUAGAAGGCAAUUGGGCCGGAUCUGGCCCCCAGGCCUUAGUUUGCCUACCCAUGCUGUAAUGGGAUCAAAAUAAACAAAUUAUGUAUUACAGUGGUACCUCGGGUUAAGUACUUAAUUCGUUCUGGAGGUCCGUUCUUAACCUGAAACUGUUCUUAACCUGAAGCACCACUUUAGCUAAUGGGGCCUCCUGCUGCUGCCGCACUGCCGGAGCACAAUUUCUGUUCUCAUCCUGAAGCAAAGUUCUUAACCCGAGGUACUAUUUCUGGGUUAGUGGAGUCUGUAACCUGAAGCGUAUGCAACCUGAAGCGUAUGUAACCCGAGGUACCACUGUACAUGAAAUCAAUCAGUAGGCAUAAGACUCAUACCCUUAGUCUAUGCUGCCUGAUCAUCAGUCUACAAGCACUCUUUAAUAUUAGAUAACAGGUACAACAGCUUGACCUACAUUCAACUGUGCUGCACUGCAGUCUUCAGCUGCCUGCUACAUGCUGCCAUGCAACCAGUCCAUGCAGAAUGUAGGCAAGCUAUAUAUAGAAAUGAGCAAAUUUUAGGAAGCAGGCUAGCAGGCAGGGCCCAUUAAUUACAUCAUAGGAGCCUACACAACACAAAACACUGUUGCUGUAUGUAGGCUUUAUUUUAUUUGGUUUUUGUCUUAUAUAUUGGAAAUGUACAUCCAGGUGUUUUUUCCUUUAAAUUUUUUUGGGGGGCCCAAGAGAGUGGGGCCCUAAGCUAUAGCAUGUUUAGCUUAUACAUAAAUCUGGUACUGUCCGGGAACUAGAGAUGAACAGCUUAAAGAUGCAUAGAGUGAUAAGUCACCACUUGGUAAAUGGGGUCAUUGAUCAAUGUCCUGAGUACAUGAUGAGAUUUCCAUUGAGUUAUGCAUGGGCAACAACUCACUCUCUGUGCCCUUUUCACUGCUGGACUCCUGCACUGAGGUUAUAAUUUCAAGGAAAAACUUGCGGCACCUUAAACUUGCUAACAAACUUUAUUACAGUAGAAGUUUUUAUGGGGUUGGGUCCACGUCAUCAGAUGCAUCUGAUGAAAUGGACUUUGUCCGCAGAAAGUUUUACCGUAAGGUAUUUGUCAAUCUUUAAGGAGCAGGUUUUGCUGCAAUGGCUUCCUUCUCAGAAUAUUAAAGGGAAAUAGGUGUGAUAUCUAUAGGUAAACAUGAAUACUUAGUUGCAAGGGACCCAGGAGAAUAGGACUUGGAACCAAAUUUAUCUCUAAUGUUAUCUCUAGAUAUGACAGAUAGCAUUAUCUCAAAUGUAACCUGAUUUAACAGUAACUCACAUGAUCAACAGGACAAGCUUACACAUGUCUACUCAAAAGUGAGCCCCGUUUUAUUCAAUGGGAUUAAGGGCAGUUCUGCGCCAGUAAUUUACGACAUAAUUUGCAGUGUCCCUAGACAUUAUUUGAAGGGGGGCAGCCACAUGGUGUGCUUGUCUUGUAUGCAUCCCAAUCUCCCUGUUGCCGCUUGUUAAUGCUGAUUUUCCCAUACCAGGGGGUGGAAACCAAGUAGCACUGCUAAGGCCGGUAGUAAUACGAAAACACCAGUGGCUGUUUCAAAGCAGAGCUACUCCAUUUUUUGAAGGCAGUUUGUUUCUGGCAUCUUAUAAUGAAACCUUUCUUGGUGUGUGUGUGUGGGGUACUCUACCGCCCUGCCUCCUAAGUUCUGGUUUGGCACAGCUGGGAACAUCUGUGCUAUUUUACUCCCAGGAACAACCCUUGCGAAGGUACCGUAAUUGCUUUUGCUUUGGUGGUGAGAGAAAGGAAAUGGCAAUCUUGCAGUGCCUGGAAUUUCAAUCUUUCUUUCUUUCUUUCUUUCUUUCUUUCUUUCUUUCUUUCUUUCUUUCUGUGUGGAACUUGCACACCAUCAGAAAGCUGAACCUGGAUUUCUUUUUUUUGUUGAUGUGCAUGUCCCAGGGUUUUUAAAAUUAUAUAUAUAAUUUAGUUUCAUAUCUAGCAGUUGAGUCGUUUGGGAAGCUCAAAACAAAGCAGAUGUGGCGUCAAAAGUCCCUGGAGUGAAAUGGGAUGUCUCUGAAACUUCUCCUCCCUUGCUUGCAAGCGAAGACCCUUCUGCAAGCAAAGGCAGACUGGCUGCGAUUCUCUCAGGCUCCACCACUGCCAACCAGGGUGUGUUUGUAAAACUGAAGGCAGCAAUGAGUGGGUGGGAGUGUUAACUCCCUAGCUGCUAGGCUUGUUGCCCCUCCUUUCCCAACUAGUGCUGCUCAAGGUCUUGCAAUACCGUUGGCCAAGCCACCUCUUCAUCCUUUAACACACAGCCCCAGACUUCCCACUCAGCCUGAUGAGCUGGGGAAGGGGAGAACGUUUUAAGCUGGGAACAUUGAUGGUAUACACAUUCCAUGCAUUUAUGAGUUUGCUCAAAUUCUGACCCUUAACUGAAUGUAGAUAUUAUGGGGUUCUGCCUGUUGGGAUACUGCCAGGGAGAUAAAGUCUAUCAAGGCCCCCAAGCCGUCUGCCGGACGAUCCAUCGACCUCCCGUAGUCACGCAGUAUCAACAAUUAGCGACAUGAGUUUCUCGAAGAUUUCUUGCCACAUUCCAGAGCUCAUGCACACUCUUAUCAGCAGAUAGCACAGCCAAAAGUUGCAAUCAGGAGAGCAUUAUUUACAAGUUUAUUCAGCGUUGAUCAGAACACAGAAAAACAUGACUGCCUGCUGAUUUAGUGUCUGCGACACAGAGAGAAAACGAAAGCAACAGAAAACAUAAACAUCCUGUGAACAGGAAAUACGCAGACUCUGACUCACAAAGCCUGCUUCCUUUUAAGGUGGAACGGAAAUAUCCUAACAUCCUCCCCCUUUCCGUGUAACCUGUAGUACCUGUGGUUCAACCCAAUUGCAACCUUUGUACAUAAACCUUAAGUUGUUCUCUGUUAACAACCUUAGACAACAGAUCAGCAGGAAUUUCAUUUCCUGGCAUGUAGGACACCUGAAUGAGUCCUUUCUGAAUACACUCUCUUGCACGAUGUAGCUUAAUCUGCAAGUACUUGGUCCUUUGCUUGCAACUCUCCGAGUUCAGCAAAGCCAAACACGAUCUAUUGUCUUGAUACACUUGUACAGGACAUUUCACAGAAACUCUGAUGUCCUUAAACAGUUGCAUCAACCAUUCACAAUCCAUGAGUGAAAAUGACAGAGCAUUGAGUUCUGCUUCACAGGAACUUAGGCUCACUGUCGUCUGCUUUUUUGCACAACCAGUCAAACAGGCAGUGGUUGUACAUGUAGCAUACUCCAGAAGUGCUCGUACCAUCCGUGGUGUCACUUCCAAAACUUGCAUCUGCAAAGAUUUCAAGACCUCCAGUCUUUUGACUGGUGAACCUCAGCCUGUAGUGCAUAGUCCCUUUCAGAUAGCGGGCUAUGCGCUUCAGAGCUUUCCAAUCCUGAACAGUAGGAUUGUUGGCAUGUCUGCUAAGCAGGUUACAGCUUACAGCUAUGUCAGGUCUUGAGCAUCUAGCAAUGAAAUUCAACUUGCCUAGAAUGCAUCUGUACAGCGUUGUGUCAGAAAACGCUUCAGCAGUACUGUCUACCUGGUAACCUGUCACCAUCGGUGUGUCUGCUGGGUUUGCAUCAACCAAAUUCAACCUGGUUAAUACAUCAGCAAUUUUCUGUGUUUGGUGUACCAGAAAAUUACCUGCUUGGUCCCUCUCCACCUGCAGAGAAAGAUAGUUGGAUACCUCACCAAGAUCCUUCAUGUCAAAGUGCUCCUUCAGCUGAGCUAGGGUGCUUUGAUAAAAAGCCUGAUUCUUCCAAAACAUCAGAAGAUCAUCAACAAAACAUAAACAAUACAGUUUGUUUUGCCCCUCCUCCUUGACAAACACACAUGGAUCAGCUUUGCCCUGGUGAAAACCUAGAGAAAGCAAUGUCUCAGUGAGUUUUGUGUUCCAACACCUGGCACUCUGCUUGAGACCAUAUAAGGAUUUCCGCAGUUUACAGACCAUUCCCUUCUGUAUCUGCAUCCCAUCAGGUGGAAGCAUAAACAGCUCCUCCCCCAGAAGCCCGUACAAAAAGCUGUAUUAAUGUCAUGAUGGGAAACAUGCAGUUUCUCCUCUGCAGCUAUCUUGAGCAUCAGCCGAAUGCUCUCAUAUUUGACGGUGGGUGAGUAGGUCUCGUGGUAAUCCUGUCCUGGUACCUGUGAAAAACCUCUGGCAACCAAUCUGGCUUUGUGUCUGACAACCUUGCCAUUCUGGUCUGUCUUGGCCUUGAAAACCCAUUUGCUGCCAACCAGUCUCAUUCCUGGGACUACCGGUACCAACUCCCAAGUUUGGUUCCUGUUCAAGGAAUCAACUUCAGCCUUCAUGGCAUUAAGCCAAGGCUCAGCAUCUUUAGAGGUUAACUCCUGAACCUCUUUGAAGCUUGAAGGUUCCCAUACCUUCUCUGAGCUACUAAGAACAGCAGUUGCUGUCUUAGCAAACUCAUCAGCAAAUCUCUUUGGAGGUCUGCCCUUUGUGGCUCUCUCAGAUCUGCGUACUAGACGCAAGUCUUCUGGACUCAUCUCCUCCUUCUUAGGAGAAAAGUGACCAAUGGUGAACAGUGGUUCUUCCAGUUCAUUGUCAGACGUAUCAGAUGGUCUGACUGAGGCCUUUGCGCUCUUGUAGUCUGCUGUGUCAUCACUGUCACUGACACCAGCAGCAGCGCCACCCACUGAACUGGAAUCCGAACUCUGAUCAUCAUCGUCAUCAUCAUCCUCAGCAGCUUCCUCAGCUUUAGCUGCUUCUUUGACAUCACCUUCAUCCUCCUCUGGGUAACUCUGGAAAAUUCCCACAUUUUCCCCCCACUUAGGAUUGUACUCAACACUCCUUGUGAACUUAAUGGACUUAGAGUUGGUCAUCCAUACCCUGUAUGCACCUUUUCGUACCCCAUGAACAAACCAUGUGCCCCACGCUUCCCAAGCUUGUUGCUCUGUGGGGUGUGUACCCACAUGUCAGAACCAAAGAUUCUCAUGUGCUUGAUGUUGGGUUUCUUACCAAACAUCUUCUCAUAGGGGUACAACCAAUAGGUGAUGACAACCUGCGAUUAAAAGUGUAAACAAACGAGUUCAAAGACUCCCCCCAAAACUUCUCAGGGAGAUUGGCAUCAUGCAACAAUGUUUUCAGUCCUUGCAGCAACGUUUGCUUUGCUUGCUCACAAAUCUCCCAUGGAGAUCCAGGACUUGAGAGGCUAUGCUGGAUUCCCUUCUCAGUCAGGAAAGCUUCAAACUGCUGAGAAGUGAACCCCCGCCUCGAUCAGUAAACAGACAGCCAAUGCGUUUACCAUGAACAUUGUCCAACCAAGCACAGAAUGCCUUGAACUUAGGAAACGCUUGCGAUUUCUGCUCGAGCAUAAACACAUGAAUGUACCUGGAAAAAGAAUCAAUUAGAACCAUGAAGUACCUUGCUCCACCCAAAGAGGGCGCAAGUGGACCAACCAGGUCUGCGUGCACUAGCUGGUAGGGUUUGGAAGCCUGCCUGCUAGACUCCUUGCCUUUUGGAGCAACCUUCACCUUGUUCUCUGCACAAGAUACACAUUUCAUGUGAAACUUACAGGGUUUGAUGUUCAAACCCUCAACCAUCUCUGGCAUCUUGGCCAGUGCCUUCCAAGAGAGAUGGCAAAACCUUCGAUGUGCAUCGUGAAUGCAUCCUGCAUGAAGAACUUUGUUAGUUUGUGCAACACAACAAGAAUCAACAUUAGACACAACAGCAGCACUGUCAUCAUAAGUUAUACAGAACAAGCCAUCCAUAAACUUUGCAUGCAAAAUGUCCUCUUUGCCUUUUCUGAUGACACAGACGCUCCUCUUGAAGGAAAUCUCAAAACCACGCCCAGUCAACUGUGGGACACUGAGCAAAUUGUCUGCAGCGCCUGGAACAUACAGUACAUCUUUGAUGGUCGUGUGCAGACUUGCCAGUUUCACAGUCCCUUCUCCCGCAAUUCGCAACGUCUUUCCGUCAGCCAGGUGGAUCUCACCUUCUUGAGGCUUGAAGGAGAUAAAUAGGUGGCGGUCCUUUGAGACAUGGCGGGUACAGCCGGAAUCAACAACAAACCUGGCCUUGGCCUUUGGAGCAGCUUUUGCAGCAAGCAAAACCUUGUUUUCCACCGGCGUGGGCUUUUGCAGCUUGCCCCCCUGCUCCUGGCCAUCAGACUUGCCUUUAGCCUUUGGUGAAGCUUUGCCAGCAAACAAAACCUUGUUUUCCUCUGGCGUGGGCUCUUCACCCUCCCUCUGCUUCUGGCCAUCUGCAGGCGUCUGCCUCUGUUUACCUUUGCCCUUCCGGGCUCUGCAAAGGCGAUGACCUUGGCUCCCAUGAGAAACAGAGCUCUCAGCUGCCGACUCCUUGGCUCCCCCUGGAGGCUGGAAUGCUGCCUGGGAUAACGUGACAGUCAGCUCCCCCUGCAGCUUGCAACCGGUGCCCUCAGCAUCCCUGCACUCACUCGCAUUCUGGGAAACAGCCAGGACCUCCGAUGCAGUCAAACUCUGGGCUGGGAUGACUGGCAGAUGGGCUAUCUUCAAAGCAUGCCACAUAUUACGUGCAGUCACAUUGCCAGCUAGCGUUUUUAUUUCCUCCAGAGAGACGGACAAGACGAUUACGUCUAUCGCCCUCAAAUUUUCGGCCUCCCAUUUAUCUGUCAGGGGAACUGGAGGGGCCUCACACACAGUAUGCCACACUCCAAACUGACGCAGCAAGCUCUCACACCACACAGCCCAGGUCCCAUAAUUGUGCCGAUUUAACUUUGGGCACUCAGCCUCAGAAGCCUGGAAAAACUCCAUUCCAGCUUUUUAUUUGAGCCGUGAGUCUUUAAAAAGUUCUUAUUCACUUCAGAGAUGUCUUAUCUCGGCAGCUCAUUAAUCACGAAGCCUUUGGCGCAUCUCCCAGAUCCAUUAAUCUGCCGGAGUUCAAAGGCCCUUGCCUCGGCAAACAGAAAAGCCUCACUUUCGCUUUUCUUCCACAUACCUUUCAGCAGUCUGUCGCAGUCUUACUCUCCUGUAAGUGCUGUGAAUCUGGGCCCGAAACCUGUUGUUGGGAUACUGCCAGGGAGAUAAAGUCCAUCAAGGCCCCCAAGCCGUCUGCCGGACGAUCCAUCGACCUCCCGUAGUCACGCAGUAUCAACAAUUAGCGACAUGAGUUUCUCGAAGAUUUCUUGCCACAUUCCAGAGCUCAUGCACACUCUUAUCAGCAGAUAGCACAGCCAAAAGUUGCAAUCAGGAGAGCAUUAUUUACAAGUUUAUUCAGCGUUGAUCAGAACACAGAAAAACAUGACUGCCUGCUGAUUUAGUGUCUGCGACACAGAGAGAAAACGAAAGCAACAGAAAACAUAAACAUCCUGUGAACAGGAAAUACGCAGACUCUGACUCACAAAGCCUGCUUCCUUUUAAGGUGGAACGGAAAUAUCCUAACACUGCCCCCCUCCAAAAAACCGUAUGACAAUACAUUCCACUGACACUUCAUAAUAUUGGGCUACAGUAUGACUAAAAUAAAGCGGCUAUCAAAUUUAAUAAAUUGGUGUCAGGAAUGAGCCAGCUCCAAGCGAAGGUUUGCAGCCAACUGCAGAAAGCAGCCAGGAACAGAGAAGCUUGAUGUUAGUCAGGCAGGGGAGAGCCGGCAGGUGCAGACUUCGGCUCUUCCUGACCUUGACAGGCAGGCUGAUAAGGCUGUAGCUGAGAGCAGGCUAGAAUGCAGCCAAAGCUCACCGGAAGCACAAACAGGCGCGAAUGAACUCAGAGAGAGCCUCUCAGAAAAGGAAGAGGUGGGAGCUGAUCAACUAAGUCCGAAGAGUCGGCAAAUGGGAGGGCUGCUAGAUAGGAAGCAAAACAAGAGACAUAAGGUUUGUAAGUUCAACAUCUUCUGUUGACGCCAGAAGGAGUCUUCAGAAGGGUCGUCUUAAGCAAUGGUGCCAGAGGCUUUGUUAGAGCUGUCCAGAGCUAUCUGUUUGUUUUUGCAAUAAAUCCACCUUUUUAAUUAGCUACGCUUACUGUGUUAUCAAGCUGGGAACCUGGACUCCUGACAAUUCACCAGUAGUGGCCAGCAGGGCUGCCUGGGUAGGGCUGGGUAGGGCUGCUCUCCUGGCUUCCCAACACCACACACUUGGCUCUGCCACUGUGGCUGCACUGUGCCAGCCCUUUUAUUCAAGUUAGCACCCUUGCAUAGCGGUAGAAGAUCUUAAUUAUGUCUCAGUUUUAGUGACUGAAGAUGAGCAAUGGGUCUUGUGAACUGCCUUGAGAUCUACGGAGGACUGGUGGCAUACUACUACUACUACUACUAAUAAUAAUAAUAAUAAUAAAUACAUUGUAGAUAUAUUGUCUAUGUUAAUGAAGUUUUAUUCAUUUAUUUGCUUGUUUUGAGCUGUUAUUUCCUCCCCUUAACUUUUCAGGCAGGUUAAAUCUUACUGCCUGAUGGUAUCACUGUGAGACAUCACAACCGUAGUCACAGCCAACUGAAUCCACAUUCAGAUGCGAAACUUUGGGAUUGCCUUGAAAUAUUUCAUAACUAUGAGGGCUUUAACUGACGGUGUCCUAAUUUCUCUCUUUCCCCGUUCUCCAGCUCUCCUUACAAAUCACCCCUCCCUGUAGCAGCGAACAGCAUUAUGAAUAUUUUGGACGGUGCUGCACCAAAUGUGAGCCAGGUAAGCAUACCUAGGACGUGCUUCUUCCAGGAAAUGGGGAGGGGCCCAUCUCUCAGCACAUGCUCUGCAUGCAAAAGAUCCCACAUUCAAUCUGGUGAAGCUGAGGAAGACUCCUGCCCUGUCUGAAACCCCAGUGUGUGUUUGUGUGGCACUGCUAGUCAGUGUAGAAUAUGAGCUGCAUUGACUGAUGAUCCGACCUAGUAUUAAGGUGGCUGUUCCCCCCCCCCCAAAAAAAAAUAUGAAAAAAAUUGAGUACUCGUGUAAGAAAAACAUGUCAGAUGCUCCUUUUUAGUUUCUGUUGAGGGGUGCUCCAAUUUGAUACAGACUACAUUUUUAUGCCUGUCCCGGAAAUUUUGUUUGGGUGGAAUGAAGCUGGGCUCAUAUACGUGUGUCAGGAUUUUCCUCUUAGGUGCCCAUAACUGCCCAGAAAUCUCUCAGAGGAAUGAUAGCACUGAGAGACUCCCUCCCUUGCCAAAAUAGAGAUCGGGGAGAGAAAGGAAACAGAGGGGUUUGUAAUAUACAGAAAGGGCGGUGGGAAAGGGUGAUGUUGAAAGCUGAGCAAUAGGAGAGGAGGGAGGUGGGUUGUGAUGUGAAAGGAAUGGAGGGAUGGAGAAAGGAAGAGGUGAAGAGUUGGAGCCGAGUUCCCCACAGUCCCACCAAGAUGGCCACUUGUUCACACAAAAUGUCCCUCCCAGUGCUUUUAGUUUUGAGGUUUAUGUGGCAUGCAAGAAAACUUUGGAAGGUGCCAGUUUCUUUGUUGUUGUUGUUUAUUGUUUAUUGUUUAUUGGUUCGUUGUUUGUUUGUUUUUAUACUGCCCUAUACUCACAGGGUGGUUCACAGGAAAUGACAGGCCUAAGUCCCCACAGCUAACCAGGUCUUUCCAUUUUGUAAAACCAUCAUCUUGAUUUGCGCUAAGCUUAGUGGCAUGUUCUUCUUGAACAUCAGAGACCAGGACCAAAAAAUUUCAGCCACAAGUUGCAACUUGAUAUCUGGGAGUUGAAAUUAACUGGUUGAACAGUGGAGAUUGGUCCAUUAUUGGACUGGCAAUCGAAUCAUACUUCAACACUGGCAACGCUUUAGCUAGCAUUCUCUGCCACCACUGAGGACAGCAGGCUAGAUUAGAGAGCAUAGGACAGGCGCAUGCAGUUUUGUUCUCUGGCACCAUGCCAGGACUCUCGUUCCCCCAGCAUCUGUUGCCUGAGCUAGCUGCUGCUGUCUGCCUAACGGCAGGGCUGGCCCAGUAGCCAGGACAUCAAAGCAGAGCCCAAGAGUCAACAAUAUAUAUCAGUUUACAUUAUCAAGUGCUAUUUUUAAAUGACAUUCUGAUGAGUAUGGAUUUUUUUAAAGAGAUUGUUGAAUUGAUUCUAUUGUUUUUAGAGCUUGUGUUUCUGUUUUUACUUUGUUUUUGGUUUUUUAAAUCAAACACAGCUUGGAUGACUUAUCACUGGGAAGCGGUCUAUGAAUUUGUAUAAUAAUAGAAUCCGCAAAGCCAGUAAGCUUCAGAAGUGACCGGCAAAAAUUUGCUUCUGUGGAAAUGGCUCCCUGUAGAUCAUGCAGAAUCCACUUGUGCGUGUUGACCACUCAUGAUUGACCCCAUACUGUCAAUUGCCGAUCCUGAUUCAGCAGGUUCUACCUGGGUCACCGUGGCUGUAGAACUUAGCUGUCCUUUCGAAACAGAUUUUGACAACCCUCAUUCCAGUAUUUUGAUGAGCAAUACCUUAACCUGGAAGAGGAAAAUAAUUCUCACACCAGAGUUAAAAGCCUUUGUUAGUGCUAGCCUGUCAGCAUUGCAGAACCUGAGGUGUAACCAGCCUUUUCUCCUGCCCUGUUAAGGAAAGUACAUGUCUGCCAAAUGCACUCGCACUUCAGAGACCAUAUGCCAGCCCUGUGGCCCAAAUGAGUAUAUGGACAUCUGGAAUGAAGAAGAAAAGUGCGCGCUUCAUAAAAUAUGUGACCAAGGUAAGGGAAAGUAGCUAAGGCAUUGCUGUGCCUCUGAUCUGAGUCCUUGACUUGCGUUAUCAUAUUAGUAGGAGAAGAAUACUAGAUUGUUAACUGUAGGUGCUACUUACCUUGCCGUACAGUUAAGCAUACUGUACCGUACUAGAUUGUAAACUGAAAGGCCCAUAGUUCAGUGGUAGAGCAUGUAAUUUGCAUGCAUAAGGUUCUAGGUCCGAUCUCUGCAAUCUCUAAGUAGGACUGGGAAUGUCCCCAACCUGAAACCCAGGAGAGUUGCUGCCAAUCCGUGUUUUCAAUACUGAACUGGUUGGUGCUAUGGUCUGACUUAGCAUAAGGCAACUUCCUACUUCCCUAAGAUUAAUGGGCACCAGUGAUACUGAGAAGAAGGAAGGGAGCCCAGCCAGGAAGGGGCCCUGGUGAGGGCACCUUUCCCCAAGGACCACCAACUCAGUUGGUUCUGAGCAUGUCCUGAAAAGAGACCCAAAGCUUGUAGAGACGACUCACCUUGUUUACUUACCGUAUUGGCCUGAAUAUAAUCUGCACCUGAAUAUAAGCCACACCUUUAAAAUUCAGCAGGCACUCACACCCAUUCCGUUUUACUGUAUGUCUGAUUCAGCAGCGAUAUCGUAAAAGCCCAUUUUUGUAAGGUUGCGAAUUUAAGCCGCACUUUAACUUUUCGCGGUCGAAAUUGGGGGGGGGGGAGUGAGGCUUAUAUUCAGGCCAAUAUGGUAUAUGUGGUGCUUAACCAUGUAGGCCCUUUAAAAUCUGUGAGGGAACUGACUUUUGGAAGGGUAGAGGGAGACGAGAGAGAGAGAGAGAGAGAGAGAGAGAGAGAGAGAGAAAGCAAGAUAAUCUCUGUGUGUGUGUGUGUGGAGAAGGGAUGCAAAUACCCCUUUAAACCUGCUUGUGAAACUUAAUUGGCAACCACCACAGUCUCCCACAGCAGGCUGAGAGAUGGCGUGCCAAACUGGGACUUGGACUCUGGGGGGACUUCCCUUAUGCAACCGACCAUGAACAAACUGCAUUCUGCUAAACUCCCACAACCAUCCUUCUGAUUAUCCACACACCCCACCCCACACUAACUCCCCUCCCCUGACAUUUGUACUUCUUUCCCUGAAUUUUCCUCUUCUGCCGAUUCAGAGCUUGGGGUUUCCCCUGUUCCUUACUCACGGGCACAACAGGCAGUUGUACCCUUUCUGCGCCCCACCAGGAGUCACAAGGGAGUGUGAUUUGCAGUCUGGCGUAAGCCACUCUUGCCAACCAGGAAGGGGUUCUUGGGGUCGAGGUCAGGCUAAGGACUCCGAAGGAAGCUGUGAAGGCACGACUUUAACCUCCAUCUGCUUCCCCACUUUGUUCUGUUCGAAGGAAGAGCUUUGAUAGAAGUGAACCCAGGAAACAGUACGAACCAGCGGCAGUGUGCCUGCAUAGCAGGCUACCACUGGAAUGAAGACUGCGACUGCUGCCGGCGGAACAAGAAAUGUCCCCCUGGCUCUGGAGUCAAGCAUCCCAGUAAGAUUUCUGAUUUCGCUGAGCCACCCUGGGAACUUUUGGUCCAGUUUGUGCACGGAGCCUUUUGCAAAUGCCAGUGGCCUGUUUUAGAUGCUCACUGGGCUAGUGAUCCACUUGAUCCCCUCCCAGCUUCAGGUGACACGUGGGAAAGCACUCCAAGAGGUGGCCUGAAUUGCUCACAUCAUCUCUCCUCCUCAUUUUUUAAAAAGUAUAAAUCAAUUCGCUAUACAGUGGGAUCUUGGGUUAAGAACUUGAUUCGUUCCAGAGGUCCGUUCUUAACCUGAAACUGUUCUUAACCUGAAGCACCACUUUAGCUAAUGGGGCCUCCUGCUGCACCGCCAGAGCACAAUUUCUGUUCUCAUCCUGAAGCAAAGUUCUUAACCCGAGGUAAUAUUUCUGGGUUAGCGGAGUCUGUAACCUGAAGCGUAUGUAACCUGAAGCGUAUGUAACCCGAGGUACCACUGUAUGGGGAGGCACCUGUCUCAUACUUUACGCCAUGUCAAGAGUGUGGCAUGAGGUUACCAGAUUUUUUUCAAUGAAUCCGGGGACACUUUUCAUCUUCAAUGGAUUUUGUAUGGGGACUGAUUUGUAAAUCCGGGGACUGUCCCCAGGAAACAGGGAUGACUGGUAACCUUAGUGUGGCACCUCCGGCUCGAGGGCCAAAUUUGGCCUACCGGCCUGUUUCCACCAAACCACGCUUGCCUGCCUUUCCAGUGACACCACAUGUGAUUUAAUGUGUGGGGCAGAUAGAGGUCUGUUUUCCCUACAGAGCAUGAAUCCUUGCAGAGAGAAAUAUUGAUCUUCCUCCUGUCCAUCAGCGGAUGCGUGGGGAGUUCAGUCCUGCUUGGUUCAGGGGCAGCACUAGAGAAUUUCCCACAGGGAAGCUGCCUCACACACCCAAACUCUGCAGAAAGCCGGAACGGGCAGCACCACCCCUGCCUAUCAGCUGGUGUGUGAGGAAGUAAAUCCUGUUUGAUUUGAGUGUGUGUUUGGCAUGAGAUGGGAUGCGGGUGGUGCUGUGGGCUAAACCACAGAGCCUAGGGCUUGCCGAUCAGAAGAUCAGCGGUUCGAAUCCCCAUGACAUGGUGAGCUCCCAUUGCUGGGUCCCAGCUCCUGCCAACCUAGCAGUUUGAAAGCACGUCGAAGUGCAAGUAGAUAAAUAGGUACCGCUCUGGUAGGAAGGUAAAUGGCGUUUCCGUGCACUGCUCUGGUUUGUCAGAAGCAGCUUAGUCAUGCUGGCCACAUGACCCGGAAGCUGUACUCCAGCUCCCUUAGCCAAUAAAGCGAGAUGAGCGCUGCAACCCCAAAGUUGUCCACAACCGGACCUAAUGGUCAGGGGUCCCUUUACCUUUACCUUUGGCAUGAGAUAAACAACAGGUGGGUAGUCCUGCCCACCCAUCAAAUUUGGUGCGGCAUUUAACGAUCUGGGCCACCAGGCAAAAACGUCCCUCUGUCCCUCUGCUAUGUGUAUGGUGGAUAGGGUUUGUGUGUUUCCAUACACACAUAUGUGGAUGCUUCAAAGCCUUCAAAAUCCACUGUGUUUGUCUAUCAUAGCUGUAAUCCCAUGUUGAAGCAUGCAAGCACAGCAAAUCCCGUUGUGCAGAACCACAGGUUUCGCUGCAGCUUCUGUUUCGGGUCCUGCUACCACGGAAGGGCACAGCUUGGCUUUUAUUUAUUUUUUCUAGAAGUUGGUUUGAUUCUGCAACAUGUGGGAAGCGGCCCACCGUCCCUCAGCCUUUUCGUCAAUGGUUUUCAUCGUUGGCUUGCACCAAAUGCCUGCUCCUAAGAUUGGCAAAAUAGGUUUGUUAGCAACAAGUCUUCAUGUAUGAAGUGAUGCUCUAUUCUCGGUGCUUUUACUGGUUAUGUUUCCCACAGUACAACAAAAUAAGGACACAGUGUGCAUGCCGUGCCCAAGAGGAUCCUUCUCUAACGUCUCUUCCGCAACUGAUGCAUGCAAAACGUGGACCAAGUAAGUGCCACGAAUCUAUAGCAGUAAAAUAAUAGUAAAAAAAAUCAAUUAAAAAAUAUCAAAUAUCUCAUGAAAUGAGCAUGAGACUCACAAUUUAUUCUUUUCCAUUCUUUUAUUUAUAUUUUAUACAUAUAUUUACAUUUUAUACAUUCUUUUUUAUUUAUUUAUUUGUUUGUUUUGUUUUGGCAAAGUAAUAAAAAUAAAUGAAUAAGAAUGAAAAUGUGCACCCCACCACCGAGACCAUUCCAUUGUAACUAUCCAACCUCCCAAAAUUUCAACACCUCUUGCGAUGGUCUGACCCCUUUCCAUUUUAACAGUAUAAAUUCUACAAGCACCCUCCAUAUCUCCUCAAAACCAUUCCUCCUGCAUAUUCCCCAUCUUACCUUAGUGGCACAUGUUAAUUUAUCAUUAAUAGCUAUAUCCCACACCUCUUUAUACCAUUCUUCCAUUUUAUAUACUGCUUGGCCCUUCCACUUCCUAGCGAUAAUAAUUUGUGCAGCUGUCAAUAAAUUUGUGAGCAAGCCCUUCGUAGCCUGCAAACCUUCCAUCCUAUCGUAAAUUGGUAAUAAUUCUACCUCUGGACUUUUGGUCAGCUUUAACCCAGUGAUUUCUGUUAUCUCCUUAAACACCCUUUGCCAAAAAAAAUUGUACGUAUUUACACCCCCGCCCCACCACAUGUGAACAUAAUUCCCUGUUUCCUGACAUCCUCUCCAAUCAUAAUUUCAGGGUCGUGGUUUCAAGCCUUACAUUGGCCAAAAGAUUUCUGCAUUGCAGAGGGUUGGAAUAGAUUACCCCCUCGGUCUCUUCCAAGUCUACAGUUCUAUGAUUCUCUGUUUCUGUUUACCCUAGAUGUAUAUUACAAGGGUUAAUAUAUUCCUUCCUUCCUUUCCUUAGCUGCACAGCUCUAGGAACUGAGGAAAAAAAUCCUGGGAACAGAUUGGCUGAUGUCGUUUGUAAGAAGCAACUGAAACAGCCGCAAGAUGGUAAAUGCAAAAAUAUACGGUUGCUUGCCACCCCAAACUCCAAGAAGUCGUAAGAUGCUGGGGGGCUUCAGGCACUUAACCAGGUUUCGUGUUUCUUCAGAAUAAGGGCCAGGGAGACUGUGGUGUCUUUACUAUGAACCACUUCCUUUGUUACCUUAAUGGCCCAAAUUUAGAGGGCCAUUACCUCACCAGCAAGCUAGCCUGGCUAUUCCAGGAAUUGAAUCUGUGUUGGAUCAAGGAAUUAGAAGGGGGCUCAGGCAUACAAAAAAGCUCAUAACAUGACAAACAAUGAUGGGACCACAAAGGGUUGCAAUUGUUUAAAGAAAAGUUGUGUAUUAUUUGUAGGACUUAAGUUGACAUUCAUUUUGGCUUAAGUGGAGGCAGGCUUAAGUUCCUCAGAUCCUGAGGGCUUUAUUAAAUGUUAUCCUCAACAAGAUUUUCACAACAUGAAAAUUGAUGGGCCAAAGGCUAAUCUCAUUGAUUAAUAUUUUAUUUUCCAAAUAUAAUUAAACAAGAUUCGUGCAAGAAUGGAUUUAUCCAGAAUUAAAAUUUGCUUAAGGGACGCGGGUGGCACUGUGGGUUAAACCAUAGAGCCUAGGGCUUGCCAAUCGGAAGGUCGGCAGUUCGAAUCCCCGCGACGGGGUGAGCUCCCAUUGCUUGGUCCCUGCUCCUGCCAACCUAGCAGUUCGAAAGCACACAGUGCAAGUAGAUAAAUAGGUACCGCUCCGGCGGGAAGGUAAACAGUGUUUCUGUGCGCUGCUCUGGUUCACCAGAAGUGGCUUAGUCAUGCUGGCCACAUGACCCGGAAGCUGUACACCAGCUCCCUCAGCCAAUAAAGCGAGAUGAGCGCCACAACCCCAGAGUCAUCCGUGACUGGACCUAACGGUCAGGGGUCCCUUUACCUUUACCUAAAAUUUGCUUUGCACAGACCCUAAACAGUAACUGCAGUUUUCAACUGUGCUCUGUGCACUUUCCAGUGAAGUAUCCAAUACCAGUGUCCUUCUUCACAUGUAAUGCCAUGCCAAAUAAUAGCUAAAUGUAAAAAUGCAUUAUUAUUAUUAUUAUUAUUAUUAUCAUUUCUAUACCACUUUAUAUUUUUAAGAAAAAACCUCAAAGCAGUUUACAACACAUUAAGACAUCAAAGAAAACAAUUCAGAAUAAAACAUUACCGAAGAAAGUCUAAUAUAUAGUAUACAUUCAAAGCAACAUAAUUAACAGGAAACUAAAAUAUUAUCUUUAAGAUUUCAGAAUAAAACAUUGCAAAGGAGGUCAGCUACAGAAUGCACAUUUAACACUGCAAAGUUACCCCAAAAAAUGAUCUAAAACAUUUUAAAAGAAAACAUUACUAAAGGAAGUCAGAUAUAAAAUGUGCAUUUUAAACAGCAUUGUAAGCAAGAGAAUAAAAUGUUAUUAUAAGCAUAGAACAUUGCUACUGCUGUUGCUGUCAAUGGUGGUUCAUGGAGGGCAGUUGCUGUGGAAGCUCAGGCUCAAUGUCCUGGAUCUGCAGUAAGAAACAGCCAAGGCAUUUGGCUCUUUAGCAACCUCAGCUUUUGUAGCUGGAGUCAGUUCCCUUGUUUAAAGGUAAAGUUAAAGGGACCCCUGACCAUUUGGUGCAGUCGUGACCGACUCUGGGGUUGCGGCGCUCAUCUCGCUUUAUUGGCCAAGGAAGCCGGCGUACAGCUUCCGGGUCAUGUGGCUAGCAUGACUAAACCGCUUCUGGUGAACCAGAGCAGCGCACAGAAAUGCCGUUUACCUUCCCGCUGGAGAGGUACCUAUUUAUCUACUUUCACUUUGACAUGCUUUCGAACUGCUGGGUGCAUAGCUGUCAAGUGUCCCUUAUUCCAGCGCCAUGUCCCACGGCUGUCCCUUAUUGAUGGAUGUCCCUUAAAGGAUGUCCCUUAAAUUUCAAAGGAAGCAGCUCCUCUCCCUCCCUCCCUGCUGGCCAGGGAGGAGGGAGGCUCCAACUGUGUUGCUUGGCUGUGUUGCUCACCCAAUAAGAAGUCUAAGAACGACUGGGGGGUGGAGCUUGCAUGCCUUGUGUGUGGCUAGUUAAUGCAAGCUGAGGGGUUUUGAAUGUUGGACGCCAUUUUGUUGCACGUGCGGCUGCAAACUUUGCAGUGCAAAGCCAGGCCGGGGAGCCAUCUUAAGUUGAGGCUGCAUAGGCCUUGUGGUGCAUGUGAUUCAGAUUCUAGUCAGUUGAACCUCUGGUUACAAAGUUGGUUGGACAGUGUUCUCAAAGCUACCAGCAUGAGUUUGACCAAACUGCAGGAGGACAGGAAGACUGGAGUGCCUGGAACAGGUGAGGCUUCAGGUCCCUUAUUUUGGCUGCUGGUCCCUUAUUUUCAAGGCUGCUGGUCCCUUAUUUUCAAAUCUGUAAGUUGACAGCUAUGGCUGGGUGGGCAGGAGGAGGGACCGAACAACGGGCGCUCACCCCAUCGCGGGGAUUCAAACCACCGACCUUCUGAUCGGCAAGUCCUAGGCUCUGUGGUUUAACCCACAGCGCCAUCCGCGUCCCUAAUCCCUUGUUUAGGGAAGCUUUUAAUGUUUGAUGCAUUACUGUAUUUUAAUAUUUUGUUGGAAGCUGCCCAGAGUGGCUGUGAAAGCCCAUCAAGAUGGGCAGGGUAUAAAUAAUAAAGUAUUAUUAUUAUUAUAGUGAGGGCUCUACCCUCCCAGGCCAGAUCGGAAAAGGCACGCAGGACAGGGAUCAGGUCUUCCAGAGCUCACAGUCAUUCUGUAGGCCCAAAAGGGCUCUUCGGGGAGAGUGCCAUCUCCAAAUCCCAACUAGUUUCCCAUCAUUCUUCUAGUAAGACACUUUUAAAGGAUGGAAAUUCAUCAUCAUCAUCAUCGCACUAUUUAUACCCCACCCAUUUGGUUGGGUUGCUCCAGCCCCUCUGGCCAGCUUCCAGCACAUAUGAAAACAUAAGAUGACAUCAACCAUUAAAAACAUGGAUUAUGGCUGCCGUGGAAAUCAUGACUGUUGCUCUCCCCUUGGUGCUGCUGCUGCUGUGCUACCCAGAGCUCAGCUAUGGUUUGGUUUAGCAUUGCAUCUUAAUCAAGGCUCCAGACAAACCACAAGCCAUAGCCAAUGCUAUUUCUUGGUUUACCACUCAUGCUUUCUCUCUGGGAGACAAACCAUGAAUCUGGGGUCAAACGUAAGACAAAGCCAAACCAUGGUUUAGCUGCGGGCAGCACAGGAGCAGCAGGAAUGGGGGGAUGAAAGCAACGGCAAUUCCAAGUACAGUGGUACCUCGGGUUAAGUACUUAAUUCGUUCCCGAGGUCCGUUCUUAACCUGAAACUGUUCUUAACCUGAAGCACCACUUUAGCUAAUGGGGCCUGCCGCUGCCGCCGCACGAUUUCUGUUCUCAUCCUGAAGCAAAGGUCUUAACCCGAGGUACUAUUUCUGGGUUAGUGGAGUCUGUAACCUGAAGCGUAUGUAACCCGAGGUACCACUGUACCUGCAUGCUCAUGUGUUCACACUUUGCCACAUGAACCAGGUCACUGAAAGACCGUGGAAAUUAACAGGAAUAAUUGGAAUAAAUGUUCCAGUUAUUCUUCCGUGUUGCUGGAUUUCUGUCAUAACACAAUCGGUGCUUUAAAGGGAUAUUUUGAAUAACAAAACUGGCAACUUCCAGGAAUAUAUUCCUACCUGAAUAUACAAAAUGCUCUGACACCUAUCUGUCCUUUUAUUUUCCAGAAACCAACACAUUAUUUUAUAUACUGAUUAUUCCACUCCUCAUUGCCUUGGUUGGCAUUGCGGUCUUUGCGAUACUCUAUCGCAAUAAAGGGAAAGCACUGACAGGUACGUAGCAUUUAAUUAUGUCUUUCUCUAUCCGUUGCGAAAGCCAUGAGUUCUCUGUGCACUUCCUAUUUCAGCCUCCUAAUUUGCCUUCGUAAAAGCUAGUAUAUAAAUCCCCACAUUAAUCUUUUAAACUGACCUUUAGUGCGCUUUUUGUUUUAGCGAAUACGUUGCAACUUUUGCAAAUAAUACAUUUUGGAUCUGAAACACAGAACUCUCAUACAUGAAAUACCACCUAUUUAUUUAGACAUACUCAGAAUGCAAAAUGUGCUCAUACACCAUGGGCACAAUCCCUCUGGAAGUUACCCUGUGUAAACCCAAUGAAAUUACCUGGAGUUGUGGAACGGCACUUUCAUGUAAGAGCUGCUACUCAUACAAUUUUCAUCCUAGAUCCUGAGCACUCAAUUGUACACAAGAAAUUGCCAUGCACACGAGCAUCUCUGCCUAUUUCUAAGGAGGGAGCACACUGGCCUGUACGUUCCUUUGUACACCUAGGUCUGCUUCCUCCACUGAAAAGAAUGAGAUGACCUUAACUGAAGAAGUGUGCAUGCACACGAAAGCUUAUGGGAGCCAGUGUGGUGUAGUGGUUAAGAGCGGUAGUUUCGUAAUCUGGUGAACCGGGUUCGCGUCUCCGCUCCUCCACAUGCAGCUGCUGGGUGACCCUGGGCUAGUCACACUUCUCUGAAGUCUCUCAGCCCCACUCACCUCACAGAGUGUUUGUUGUGGGGGAGGAAGGGAAAGGAGAAUGUUAGCCGCUUUGAGACUCCUUUGGGUAGUGAUAAAGCGGGAUAUCAAAUCCAAACUCUUCUUCUUCUUCUUAUACCAAGGGUAUCUGAAGAAGUGUCCAUGCACACGAAAGCUUAUACCAAAAACAAACUUAGCAGGCCUCUAAGGUUCUACUGGACUUUUUUUUUUAAUAUAUAUUUGAACUCCCUUUGUGCAUCAUGGCUUGUGCAUUUGAUAGCGGUUGCUGGAUCAGGACUAUUAGCUUCCAUGGAACUUGCGUAUUGGUGUAUAAUUCAUAAGCUGAAAUCUGAGCUGGUUUGAUUCCAUGAACUUCGGUCUAAAUGGGCCUAAAUCCAAGCGCUUCAACUUUACUGGGUUGUGACUUGAGGGUGCGGCUGCUGAGUCAACUUAAAAGCAUGUCAGACUGGUUAAAGUGGUUUUGUGGCCAGCCCUGUAAAUUUGUACUACGCUCCAGGAAGAAUCCUUCGGAUGGAUUGGAAAAUAACAAUGACCCCCGCUGCAUAACGAACUCUUUAAAACGUUGGUCAGGUCAUGGUCUGGAUUCAACCUCUCUAUACCUGCCAGUUAGCAUUUGAGACCCAUUUUACAGAUAUUUUACCUUGUUUUCUUGCAUUUUUUUGCUAUCUGAGACUCAAGGUGCAGAAUAUUUAGACAAUAAUUAAACAUAUACAUAGCAGACCUUAAGGGACUGUUGUGAACAGAUAGUCUGUUCUUCAUAAGAAGCAAGAAGUUGCUACUACUCUAGGAGGUUUAUUUCACUGUCAUCCUUGAUCCUCAGACCCCAAGCAAUGCACAUAACUCAUGGAAACACCAUUUCUUUCAAUGGAGCCAACGAGACUAUUUUAAUGGAUUUUGUGUGUGUGUGUCUUUCAAGUCUCCCCAGAGCUAUAUAUAAUUGUUCCUUUGUCAUUUCAUGUGAUAUAUCUUGCAACAGACGAUCCAACCAAUCAUUUGCACCCAGUUAGAUCAUUAACAAGUCAGUCAUAGGAACAUGAGAUGGAACAAAGACACAGUGGAUGUAGAAUGUUCUAUUUUUGGCACAGAUGGUCCAAAUAGACACACAUUCCAUUUGGAGAGAGAAAGAGAGAGAGAGAGAGAGAGAGAGAGAGAGAGAGAGAGAGAGCUUGCAAUGAUUGUUUUAACACCCUUUUUUUCAGUUUUUGAGAAAAGUUGGUUUAAAAUUAAACAACUUCAUCCCACUUUAGUUUAGUGAAUUGAAUAUUGUGGCGUGUAGCCAGACAUUGUCAGUCUUGUAGUAGACCCACUGAAAUCCAAUGAGAUUUGAGUUAGUCAGGACUAUUAAGUCCCAUUAAUUUUAAAAACUUAAACUAACUGGGUCUGGAUCCAGCCCUAUACUUGCUGCCUUGUAUUUUUUUUAAUGUUUAACCUAUUAAGGACACUGACCAGUAUUAAAUGCACCAGUCUACUGAAAUCAGCUGCCUGAUGUGCACCCAACUCUUGCGAUAGAUAUUGACUAGACAGUCUAAAAAUCAAUCAGUUUGGACUAAAGUACUUGAACUUGAGAUUAGUUAGGAUAGAUAGAUAGAUAGAUAGAUAGAUAGAUAGAUAGAUAGAUAGAUAACUGGUGAUAGUAUGGGCAGGGAUACCAACAGAAUUUCCCCAUGUACAUUGUAUGUGGAUUGGGGCCCCUACACCACCACCACCACCACCACCACCUAUCUAUUGACAAGAACUUCUGCUUACAGUAUGUACAUAUAUUAACUUAGCCUAGCCUACCUCACAGGGCUGUUGAAGAUAUAAAAUGGGGAAGGGGAAGAUAAUGUACACAAACCUGAGCUCCUGUCUGAAAAAGCAAAAUGCAGAUAUAUGCCACAAGUCAACAUUUCUUCCUCUGACGGCUUAGCAACUGUGAUUAAGUGUCUUUAGCAAUGGUACUGUAACCUGCUGAGCUCCAAAGCCUUAGUGCUGUCUCUGUGUUUUGGUUUACAACCUUUUUUUUUUUUGUAGAAAUGUACGAUUGACUUAACUUUUUUUUUUAAAUGAAAGCUCAGAGUCUGUGGCCCCUGCUAGCAUGGGUUCUGCUACAUGUGUACCCUCUGUACCUCCAUUUCUGCAACUCUGAGUGUGAGAGGUCCUGGACUCUUCCCACACCAUUCAAGUGAUAGUUUAAUCAAUAAACGGUUGGAGUCAAUGACACAGAUACAACCGUCCCCCUCAACUUGGUAGGAGUCCGGCAUGCUAAAGGGUUAAGCAUCUCAGCAAAACCAGCUUGAAUUGCUGGCUUUUGGGUAUGUGGUUCUAUCUGUGACUCACUUACAGCGUGCAAAAAUCUAAUUCAUUCUUUUCUUUGUUUCCCCCUCCAGCAAAUCUACAGUACUGGGCUAAUGACAUGUGCAAGCAAAUGAAAGGGACAAAGGUGAAGUCUUAAGGCUGUACAUACUGUGUUACGCUUCGCCGCCGCCUCCUUGCUUUCCUUGGCAGCUGGGGAACCCAAGUGGUGAAUUAAGGACAUAGGUUUGUCAGCAGCUAUUUGGCAGCUGCCAGGCCGCAUAAGGAAGGGCAAGAGGGGGGUGGCGAGAUUGCAAGGAACAAAGAACCACAAAGAGGGUCGCCUGGCAUUUAGUCGCGGAUAGUCAGAGAUUAGCCCUGGGCAACGGCUCUGAGGCUUCCACACAAGCAAAAGAUCACUAUUACUAACGGUCUUAUUACUGUGGAUUUCUCAAUGGUUUCCUUGGGCUCACAGUCCAUACACAGUCCAAAACCUCUGUGACCCAGUGAUUAUUACAUGCUAUCUAUUUUAAGUUGCAGGGACGCGGGUGGCGCUGUGGGUUAAACCACAGAGCCUAGGACUUUGCCGAUCAGAAGGUCAGCGGUUCGAAACCCUGCAACGGGGUGAGCUCCCGUUACUCAGUCCCUGCUCCUGCCAACCUAGCAUUUCGAAAGCACAUCAAAGUGCAAGUAGAUAAAUAGGUACCACUCCGGUGGGAAGGUAAACGGCGUUUCCAUGCGCUGCUCUGGUUCGCCAGAAGCUGCUUAGUCAUGCUGGCCACAUGACCUGGAAGCUGUACGCCGGCUCCCUCGGCCAAUAAAGCGAGAUGAGCGCCGCAACCCCAGAGUCGGUCAUGACCGGACCUAAUGGUCAGGGGUCCCUUUACCUUUACCUUUAAGUUGUAUUUCUUUGUUCAAAUGUAGUUAUCUCGUACUGCUUUGCUGUUCAUUUCCAAUGUUCUCGUGCUGCUGCUUAUGUGGCCAAAACAGCAGGCUUGCCGGGGACCUCAGUGUUUAUGGAAGCACAGAUAUCUUUAGAUUCAGAGAAGGUCCUUUUGUACUGCUCUGAAUUCACCUACCCGGUGUUGGGCGAGAGAACCUGUCCCCCUCCCUUGUUGAGGACGCAUGUUAAGGCUCCUCAGCUGUUGGAGGAGAGGCCAGAAUAGUUAUGGUUGCAUUGUAAAACUUCCUAUUUUUUAAGUGCUUUUUCCCUUUGGAUUCUACACAGGACUCUCCUCAUGGUACAUUUGUGAACAGAAGCGUGGCAAGCCCGGCUGGACUUCGGCUAUUGGGGGGCACAUAUUUGCUGGACCUUGACGAAUAUUCUUUUUCGGAGGAUGCAUGUUACCCACAUGGAGACAUCCUGAACAGGAAAGCAAGCCCUGAUGCAAUCCGCUGUGAAUUGGGAGACGAUUUCCCAACGCUGCCUCCCGCAGCUGUGCCUGAAGAUGACCAGUUUAGGCAGAUACCCACAGAAGAUGAGUAUACAGACAGAACGACCCAGGGGCCUUGCUAUUUUCCUUUACUGAGUAGACCUGAAAGCAAGCCUGUGUCGCCGUUCUCAGAGCCACUGGAAGUAGGAGAGAACGACAGCUUGAGUCAGUGCUUCACGGGGACCGAGAGUUUGAUAGACUCGGCAAACUGCUGCUGCUCAGACACUUCAUGUGGAAUGGACCCUGCUCAUGCCCCCUCACACCAAUGCCUGCAGAACUCUUUUCAUCAAUCCGCCUGCAGUAGCAUGGGAGAUGCCGAUAACCGAGGCAUAGUCAGGUGUGCUGCCUGUUGUGUGUCCUGCAGAGAAUCUUCCAGCAAAGCUGGCAACACCAUGCAUUCUUUAAAAGAAAGUGGGCCUUCUCCACUGUGCACCUGUUGCUUGGACUCUCCCUCUGUGGAUCAGUGUGGUUCGGCAAGCAACAAUGGUGUCAGAAGUGAUCCAUCUGACGGAAACGGCACAAAGGACCAUAAUGCAAAACGAGCUCCUGAGUCGUCAAACGGCAGCACUUCAGAUCCCCCAGCAGCAUCUGGUAAGCCUACAACAACAUGCAUGUUGCUUGCAUGGCAAUCUUUAGGCUGGGUGUGCAUCAUGUAGCAUCAGCAUUUCAAUCUCAUCUGUGAAAUCAGGUGUACAAAGGAAAGUGGCUGUGCUGGUCCUGUGGGUUACCCAAGGGGCGAGGUCCAAGUCCGGUCCGUGGUCAAGGUGCAACGUGGAGGCAGUCCAUAGUAGCUGGAGCUGGGUGCAGGGCAGGGAGUCAGGUGUAGUCAGGAACAGGCGUGCAAGCUGGGAGCCAGGGCGGGUCAGGAGCUCUGGCAGAAAAACAGGACAGUGUUCAGACAGGAACUACCAACCAACAAUGUUGCUCCCGCAACUUGGGACUGGGGCUGGCCGGCUUUUAUCUGCCCCGAGGCAUAGGGCGGCCCCGAUCCUCUGGUGACUCGCCUCUCCUGGCCUGAAGUCAAGCACUCCUCCUGCGGGAACUUAGUUCCCUCCGCCUCUCUGCCCUGAGCCUCUGUAGCUCAGGAGAGGCUGGAGGGUUACCGGACCCAGAGGCAACCUCAGCUUCCUCUGACGGGGCUGAGAGUGGAGCACCUGCAGGCAAUGGGUCCUCCAUCACCUCAGGAGCCAGAGCAGACUCAGCUGAUUGCCUGCACCUGAGGAUCCAGCACAGGUGAGGACCCUUCAGGCUCAUGCCCCAGCCCCGGCUCAGCUGGUUCUGGAGGCGGGGAAUUCUGUGCAGGCUGGGAUCCCUCAGGUUCAGCAUCUGAGUCCGAAUCCCAGGCCAUCACAGUAGCCAUCUCUGUCAUGUACCUACCUGGGUCAUCAACUUUCAAAGCUCUGUAGGAGACAUGUGGCAGGCUAGACAGAUGUUUAAUGUGACCAGGCAAAGACAUCAUUGUGUUCUUACUCAUGACGGACACAGGGGCAGCUUUGAAAUAUGUGUAGGCUACUGGAAAGUAACAUCCAAAUAUUAGUAAAUCCCCUUAGGCCCCAGGCAGCUAAUCUGCUCUUGGUUUUUCCUCCCAAAUGUUUCUCAAAAUUUUCUGCACAGAUCAUAUUUAUGGCAACUAAACAAGAAUCAUGAAUUGGGGGGACCAUUUAAGACAGACACUCUUUUUUAAAAAAAUACCGUAUUUUUUGCACCAUAACGCUCACUUUUUUCCUCCUAAAAAGUAAGGGGAAAUGUUUGUGCGUGUUAUGAAGGGAAUGCCUACGGGUGGCAUGCCUACAGAUUUUCCUCCUCUAAAAACUAUGUGCGUGUUAUGGUUGGGUGCGUGUUAUAGAGCGAAAAAUACGGUAUUCAUUUGAAAGCAGGCUCCAGAUGAGCAAUGGGAAUUAAUGUAUGGAGUGAUCCUGUCCAUAAAAGUCCUGCAUACCAUUAUUAUUAGAAUUCCUGCCCCCCAGCAGUCCCUUGACUGAAGGGUAAAAUCUUCCUCUUUUUCUGGUGUAAAGAAAAUUGAAAACAGGAGUGGCCAGCAUUGUGCCCAUGAACAUAUUGGCAUCCUUGGGAACUUCCCCUGGCACCCCCAGAGCCUUUGUGCCAACCUCACUGCCCCUUUAGAUAUGUGCGUUACCAUUUUUCCUCUUGAAAAAGUACGUAGAGCAAAGGAGGAAGUUGGAAAGAGCAACAUGUUUCUCACUUCCUCUUUCACCAUUAUGUGCUUUUCGAGGCUAUUGAUCUGAGCUUUGAAAGGCACAUAAAGAGGAAAGAGGAAAUGGGAAGAGUGCCUCACUUCCUUUUUCAGCGCAAUGUGCUUUUCAAGACUGAGAUCAGCACCUGAACAACCAAACAGAAAGGGAAGAGGAAUGGGGAGGGUGAGAGGGAAAGCAGAGCAAUCUGGGAUGCCAUAAAGGUCAAGAGAGAGCAAGAAUGGAGUGCCAGAGAGAGAGAAUAUAUGCACGUAUGCACACAAACACACAUCAGAUCCAGUAAAAUGGAUCCUAUUGAAACUGCAGUUUUAUUUCACAGGGCAGGUUUCUGCCCAACUCUCAUCAGAUCAGAGAUCGUAUUUUUCUUUACUGACUGAACUGUAAAAAUCAAAGCUCUGGUGUCUUUCAGUGUUGCCAUAGUGGGGGAAAAAACAUGGAUCUGAUAUAGAUUCUUAGGGAUUCUGAUGAUUUUUACAAGAGAACCAUUCAAAGCCACCAUCAAAUGAUAGGUUUCCUCUCUGAGUGCCCAGAUCUGUGAAUUGCUGGUGGGUUUAAUUGCCAUUCCUAUGUAAAUCUCAUAAGAUCCCAUGAGUAUCGAUAGUACAGGUUGAUGAUUUUGUGGUUCUAGCAAGCACCAGAUCUGUGAUUUUAUGCAGUUUACCAAUGUAAUAUUUUAACUGAUUAUAUUAUUGUGUUGUUUUCUGAGACCCCACUUUCUGAGACUCAGGCUAUUACAUACAAAAUCAGAGGGAUCCAUUUUAAUUCUAUGGGAUCUGACUUUUACCCAGAUGCUAUGCUCACAUACAUUUUCUCUCACUCCUGCUCCUAACUUAGUUUGUUGAUAAAUGUGAAAUUCAGUGCAUAACAGGAGGGAGACAAAUCACAUGAAGGCUGUGCAGUAGGAGCCUUAGAUAUGAUCAACUCUGAAGUUUCAAAAUGGCGCUUGUCCUUGGCUCUAUUUUUUUGUUUAAAUGCCGUACAGAAAUGGAAGCAACAAAAUGGAACCCCAACUGGGAUAUGUCAUCCAGUGCAAAUACCUUUAUUGAUGCUUCACAAGGCUCCUACAGAGGGGCUGUUCAUUUAUUCAUCUUGAUUUGCUUACACAAAGCUUAUGCAAUAGUUAGAUCAUGUCAGGCCUUUAUUGAGCAUUUGUUCCAGUUUGUUUACAGGGUGGUUAUAUGACAAUGAGAAUUUGUUCUGAUUUGCUUGCAGGGUGUUUACAGGGCUUCCUGUUCAUCAUUCAUUUGUUCCACACUUUUCAGUGUGUUUCCCUAUCGCUUUCCAAGAUGAAAAGCAUCCGGCUUUUGUUUUGUUUGAUUUGUUGCCCUAGGGUGACAGAGCCCUUUAAUCCACUUUAAUGGUGCAAAUCUAAAGUUCCGAUACACACUUGAAUCCCUCCUACAAAAACAUUGACAGUCUGGAGGGGCCUAGAGUAAGGCUUGCCCUGCUUAUUAAUCUUGCAGUUAAUUUAAGGAUGAUAUGAAUGAGCCAGGAACUUUUGUUUUUUCCUGAGAUUCUGGAAAUGGUCUAGACCCAGCACGGUCACAUGCUGGUUCCAGUGGUUUCUCUCCACCCAUUUUCUGGCACUCUGCAGCCCUGGCUAGCUAGCUGGCAGGCCAAAUGUUAUGGUGGUGGUGGUGGUGGAGAAGGAAUAAAAAGAAAAUCCUUUUACCAAUUACAAACUGAGAUUUUCAGCUCACCAGAUGAAAGCAUUAGUCACAGUUGUUGGUUUUUUUUUGUUCUGUAUGUGAACUCUUGAAAAACAACCAUAACAUCGUUUGGUACAUUAUAUGUCUUGACAGUUAUCCUAUGAUGCAAUGGAUUAAAAAUGAGUUCUAGGAUCCAAAACAGUUUACACACAUUUACCUGGAAGUAAGUCUCACUGCUUUCAGAGGUUGUAGCUUUAAAAAUUUUGCCCUGCUGGUGGUUCAAAUCCCCACGACGGGGUGCUCUGUUCCAGCUCCUGCCAACCUAGCAGUUCGAAAGCAUGCCAGUGCAAGUAGAUAAAUAGGUACCACUGCAACGGGAAGGUAAAUGUAUGCACUCUGGUUUCCGUCACUGUGUCCCGUUGCGCCAGAAGCGGUUUAGUCAUGCUGGCCACCUGACCCAGAAAGCUGUCUGUGGACAAACACCAGCUCCUUUGGCCUGAAAGCGAAAUGAACACCACAACCCCAUAGCCGCCUUUGACUGGACUUAACCAUCCAGGGGUCCUGUACCUUUAGUACAAAUCUCUUCAUAAACUCUUACCCUAACUAUUAGAGACAGAAAUUAUCCAUGGAUUCAUUUCUGAUCAGGUACUGCAAUCUGUAGCUCACGUCUGGUGCAAGAUUCGUUUUAGUUAGUUCUUCUACCACUUUGUGUUGUUUAUCAAAGGCUAGAAAGGAACAGCUGGAAGGACCUCAUUUGUGGCAUGAAGCAUCCAGGCUUCUGGGGACCUGACCUUGGAUCCCUCUACACAUGUGUGAUGCACCUGGUAAACUUGAUUGACAUCUCCCAUGAUCCUUAGCAUCUUAAAGAUGCUCUGUACAGGAGCAUGGCUCAUAGGAACCUGUAGCCUCUCUGCCCCCUCUGUUCCUCUAAAUCAGGGGUGGGAACCCUGUGGCGCACCAGAUGUCACCAGACUAUAGCUCCUAUCAUUACUGACCAUAGAUUACACUGGCUGAGGAUGAUGGGAGUUGUAGUCCAAUAACAUCUGGAAAAAGCCACAGCUUUUCCACCCCUGCCUUAAGUAAACAAAGUGAAGAUUGCAGAAGUCUGAAGCCUCUAGACCAGGAGUGGGGUGCCCAAAGCUUCCCCCUUCCUCUUGAUUUUUUUCUGUAUCAGACAUUUAUCACUGCCCUUUAAACUUAUCACUUGCUAUAUAAACAUCUGGUCUAAUAGAUCAACACUAAAUGGAAACUUUUGGUUUCAAUAGUACAGGUCGCUGCUUGUUCUGGUGCAGCAUAAACCACUUUGUCAGUAUCAGUUGCAAAGGCUGUUAUCAUUGAUCUGUGGGAGCUGUACAGUUGCAUCUGAAUUAGAGGUUUUCCAGAAACUUGAGUAUUCCCUUAUGAAAACAGCAUUUUAGCUCAAGCUGCAUUGGCCUGUCCAUAGCAUUCUCCUUCUGCAUCUGUUACUUUGGAUAAUAAUAAUAAUAAUAAUAAUAAUAAUAAUAAUUAUUUAUAUCCCGCCCUCCCCAGCCGAAGCCGGGCUCAGGGUGGCUAACAACAAUAAAAUAAUACAACAUUCUAAAAUCAUUUCAUUAUAAAAUUAAUUCAAAUCAAAUUGAUGGCAACCAUUGGGCUAGAGUUCUGUGAAGAUUGCCAAAGGAGGGAGUCAGGCUGUGCCCUAGCCAAAGGCCUGGUGGAACAGCUCUGUCUUGCAGGCCCUGCGGAAAGAUGUCAAGUCCCACAGGGCCUUAGUCUCUUGUGACAGAGCGUUCCACCAGAUCGGAGUCACAGCCGAAAAAGCCCUGGCUCUAGUUGAGGCCAGCCUAACCUCUCUGUGGCCUGGGAUCUUCAAGACGUUUUUGUUUGAAGACCGUAAGUUCCUCUGUGGGACAUACCAGGAGAGGCGGUCCCGUAGGUAUGUAUAAGGCUUUAAAGGUAAAGGGAUCUUCAUUGAUUGCCUGCGAUUGUAAACUCCUGCACUGUAAAUUCCUUACAGUGCCCAUAUAUUAAUGGGAAAACGUGUGUGUCUCUCUCUCCUCCUCCUCCUGUUCCAACACCCUCUCUAGGAAAUGUGACUGGAAAUGGCAACUCUACAUUCAUUUCAAGCGGGCAAGUGAUGAAUUUCAAAGGUGAAAUCAUCGUCGUCUACGUGAGUCAGAAUUCCCAAGAAGGGUCUAUGUCUCCCGGAUCGAGUGACGACAGCCUGGGCAGCCCAGUGCAAGAGGAAAAUCUGGACCGCUGCGAGACCUUUGCGGGCAACGCUCGCCAAUAUAAGGAAAAAUGUGCUGAGAUGAAUUCAUAUCACAGUGUGGGUGAUGAACCGCCAAGCAUGGUGGGAGAGUACAAGAGAACUGCUGGGCCUAUAGCUCAAGAAGAGAUGCAUGAGAGUCAGAACACGAAACUUUUCUAUAGUGAGGCCUCGCCGCCCGUGCAAGAGGAGGGAAAGCCAGGGCAGUUUCUAAAGCAACCAUUGCACUGAUGGAACCAAGGUCUGAAUUGCUGGUUUCUGGCGUUUGGUCAAAAGGACACGGUGACUGAAUGUGUUCUAGCAAACAGCACCUGGGUAGCAAUCUUCUAUUCGUUGUCGUCGUCAGAACGCUGCGGCUGACAGAUGAGAAGCAGGGUCUUUUCUGGAUGACGAUCCCUCUGCUAUAAAAGGAAGCAGGAAACUUCAGUACGCUUUGGUGCUAUAGGGUACGUCUCUCACAACAAGCUGAAUAUUUCAGGAUUCAGGCGCAAGAGGCAUUGCUGCUGUUCCAAAUGUCCCCAAUGCCUUGGGAAAUAAGCUCCCGAGCAUCUUGUACAUAUUGCCAAACGUUUCUAGUCUUGCAUUUUGUUAGAAUGGCAGACCGGCUGUUAGGGAGAAACUCGGUUCAGUUUGCUUUUAAAGUUGAAUUAAUCAAAUUUGCACUUUCCGGAACAAUAGGAGAACCAAAACACAGCCGUCUUUCAAAACCCGCUCUUACCUAAAUGGUGCACUUCAUUUCUCCAACCAAAUGUUUACAAAAAUGCAUAUCUUAGCAGAGAAUGUGUACAGAAAUAAAUAGCUUUGUGCGGAAACAUAUAAAAAUGCACAAUAUCAGGAGAAACAGCUUGCAAAAAUGGGCAGAUUAGUCAAAACGGCAGAGAAAAAUGUGUUUAUUAGGAGAAGAUUGCACUAAAAUGCUGAAGAAUCUUUAUAGGGUUUUUUUUUUGGUAAAAUCACGAAUUGCUGCAUAAAUGUGGAGAACUGAACUUAAGACUGGAGAAAUGAUGACCUCAGAGAACCGCAACUGACAGACCCUUCCGUCUCUUAAACAGGAGUCAUGUUUUUUUCCCAUUUGCUAAGGCUUGAGGUUAACCUUAGCUAUGGAAAAGAUGCCACUGGUUUAGUUGUCCCCAUGCUUCAGACAGGUUUUCUUAUUUAAAUGUCCAUUCACCACCUUGUCCUUUAAAAGCAAAUCCAGUUUUUAAAGGGGUUUGCAAGAGAUACUCUGGGUCUAGGCUUGGUUGGCUUUGGGCUAUUGCAGGCUCCUGCCAAUCACUGCUCUGUUCAGCUGGUUUCUGGUGCAAACUUACAAAACCAUGAGCUCAGCCUUGGAGAAGACUGGUUUGUUUGAGCAGAACAUAAUGGGUUUUCCCCCCAAAAAAACAGCUCCACUGCUCAAUAUUUCAUAUGCUGCAUAGCCUCGGAUUCUGAAUUUUAAUAUUUUAAACAUCGUUUUAGCACAGACUGUCAGCCAUAGUUUAUUUGUAGCUAAUAUCGUUCCAUCAAGUUUGAUGGGUGGGGUGCCAAAUAACCAAGGAAGGGGGCUACCAGCUGCAUUUGACUCUGACUCCUCCUCUUCCUAAGCCUUGGUUAUUUUUAAAUUCCCACUAGCCUUUUCCUUGCCCCAGUUCUUUUCUGAAUGCCUGUGGGUGUCGUGUUGCUGGGUCCAGUAACAAUCAACAAGAAUGAGGAAACAUUUUAUAAAAAGAGAUUUAUUCCAUACACUCCAAGAUAGGGAUGUCCUGUUCCAUAAUAAUAGUAAUAAUAAUAAUAAUAAUAACUGUUGUUGUUGUUGUUGUUGUUGUUGUUGUUGUUAAUAUUCUGCUCAUCUGACUGGGUUGCCCCAGCCACUCUGGGUGGCUUCCAACAUAUAUAAAAACAUAAUAAACAUAGCUGUCAACUUUCAGAUUUGAAAAUAAGGGAUCAGCAGCCUCACCUGUCCUGGGGAGCCUCGAAAAUAAGGGAUCAGCAGCCUCACCUGUCGCAGGGACAGUCUACGGGAUAUCUAACAAUCCGGGAUAGCAGCGGGAAGCAGCAGGAAACGGCGCCGGAAUAAGGGAAUUUCCCGCAAGAAAAGGGAAGGUUGACAGCUAUAAUAAUAAAACAUUGCCCAUUAAAAGGCUUCCGUAUACAGAGCUGCCUUCAAAUGUCUCCUAAAGAUGUCAUCUCCUUGACAUCUGAUGGGAGGGUGUUCCACAGGGCGGGUGCCACUACUGAGAAGGCUCUGUGCCUGGCUCCCUGUAGCUUCACUUCUCGCAGUGAGGUAGCUACCAGAAGGCCCUUGGAGUUAGCUCUCAGUGUCUAGGCUAAAUGUUGAGUGUGGAAAUGCUUCUUCAGGUAUUAUCCCUGCUUCCUUUCAGACACACACACACGGCUGUUCCAUGGUGCUCAGCAGCCUUACGUACAGCCUCACCUGCUAGCAAACCACCCAACACUCAUCAAAUCCCCACCACUAUCCUGUUAGACCAGGUGGCUUCCAACAUAUAUAAAAACAUAAUGAAACAUUAAACAUUUAAAAACCUCCUUAUACAGGGCUGCCUUCAGAUGUCUUCUAAAAGUUGUAUAGUUACUUAUCUCCUUGGCUUGUGGGUCACAUAACUCCAUACCCUCCAACAUUUCACCGAUGAAAACAGGGAUGUCCUAAGCAGGAGAUUACGGGAUCAAAUCAGAAACCGGAAUGGCUUAUUUUUAAUUAAUUUUUAUAAUGUUUUUAUAAUGUUGCACUAUUUUAGUGUUGUUAGCCGCCCUGAGCCCGGCUUCGGCUGGGGAGGGCGGGAUAUAAAUAAAAUUUAUUAUUAUUAUUAUUAU